GAGAGUCGGGGACGAUACGAGCGGCGCGUUUCUGGGGUUCCCGUUUUUUUUUUUGUUAAUGAUGACUUGACUGACUUGGCCACCUCCGAUUGAAAAGCAAGAUUGUGAGAAAGGAAAUAGGAGGACCUGCACGUUUUUUUUAUACAGUGUACAUUUAUUGAGUGAUUGUGCUUUUUUUUAUUAUUACUACGUUUACAUUGGUUCGGCGAGUUCGGAACCGAGCUUGCGGAAGCUCGAACCAUGAAGCGCCAACAGUCAUGGGAUUUGCAGAAGCAACAGUACUCGCAAGAGCGUACGGAGACCCAAGUCACCAGGCAACAGAUCACCCAGCAGCGAGUACAAGGCGAGAUGAUCGUCCAAACGACACCCACCGUACCAGCGUUUUCGGGUAGGCCGGGUGAUCCGUCGCCUCCGGUAUUCGAACAAAUCUUCAAGAACGCAAGGUUCGCGCAGGGUGGAAAUGCCGUAUUCGAAGGCCGCGUCAAAGGUAACCCCAAGCCAGUUGUGUCUUGGACCCACAAAGGUGCACCCCUGCUGGAGACGUACAAAAUCAAAAUGUCGUACGAUGAAAGGACCGGCAACGUCAAACUACAAAUAAAUAACAUUGGACCAGGAGACGAAGGGGAAUAUACAUGUCAUGCCAAAAAUCAAUAUGGAGAAGGUAUUUGUUCAGUGUACAUUCAGCCGGAAGGUUUCGGACCGCCACCUCAACAACCGAAAUUGUCGCGUAACUAUCAGUCAAUGAUCGACAAGCAAUACACUAAUGGUAGCACUAUCAUUAAGGAGGACUUCAAGGUUGACACAUUCGAGUACCGAAUUUUGCGAGAAGUAGAGUUCCGUGAAUCGAUUACUAGACGCUACGUCGGCGAGUCUGACUCGCAGAUUAGUACGACAAUUGAACGUAACCUCGGACCAGUGGCACCACCACAAAUCACGCAAAAGCCAAGAAGUUCGAAACUUGUCGAAGGAUCGGAAGCUGUGUUCUCUGUCAAAGUGUCGGGUAAUCCGAAACCAAGACUGACAUGGUUCAAAGACGGUCAACGUCUGCGCGACUCGCAACACGUCGAAACGGUGUAUUCGAAUCAGCAAGCAACACUCAAGAUCCACAAAGUCACGUCAGAAGAUAGUGGUCACUACUCCUUGUUAACCGAGAAUCCACAAGGUUGCACAGUCAGCUCGGCGUAUUUAGCCGUCGAAUCGAAUGAUCAAGUAGACACAGCACCAAUGAGCAAAGAAAUUACCACUACCUUCCAGUCUGACAGUCAGCCCGAAGCUGCUAAAGUAUUGGCACCAAAUUUUGUGCGCACGUGUUCCGAUCGUGAUGUAACCGAAGGAAAGAUGACAAGAUUUGAUAUUCGAGUUACUGGUCGCCCUUAUCCCGAAGUUACGUGGUAUAUCAACGGUUUGCCCGUCGUCAACGAUAUGACUCACAAAAUUCUUGUCAAUGAAAGUGGCAGCAACUCGCUCAUGAUCACCAAUGUCAGUCGAUCUGACAGUGGAAUCGUCACUUGCGCGGCUCGUAAUAAAGCCGGCGAGACGUCGUUCCAGUGUAAUCUGAAUGUCAUUGAGAAGGAGCAAGUUAUUGCCCCGAAGUUUGUUGAACGUUUCACCACUACCACUGUGAAGGAAGGUGAACCCGUGAUGUUCUCAGCCAGAGCAGUUGGUACACCAGCACCACGAAUCACUUGGCAAAAGGAUGGAGUGCCGAUAACGCCCGGACCCGAUGUACGUAUCUCAACGGACGGCAGUGGAGCCUCGAUUCUGGACAUACCACGAGUGAAAUAUCACGACGCCGCCUGGUAUCAAUGCACAGCGCAAAACAUUGCCGGCUCUACCGCCACCCGCGCACGCCUAUUUGUCGAAACAGCCAAAGAUAUUGUCCCCGAACCACCAAGACGCCUGAAUUUACCUCGACCGACGAAAGUCAUCGAACCUGAACCAGAACCUGGUCCCGAAGUGAUCUACUUACGACCUGUGGAACGUGCAAAACCAUAUCUACCUCCACCUGAGGAAGAAAAGAUUUAUCCGCCACCACGUUUCAUCAUACCUCUUCGUGAUACUCAUGUGAUUGAAGGUGGACGCGUUCACUUCGAGGCCAGAAUCGAACCGGUGGGAGAUCCUACGAUGAGGGUGGAGUGGUAUGUCAAUGGAAGAGCUUUAACUGCAAGCUCCCGAGCGACUUCCAUUUUCCGUUUCGGAUUCAUUGCUCUAGACUUGAUAAGCAUUGUUAUGGAAGACAGCGGUGAAUACCUUUGCCGUGUAGUCAGCUCAACAGGAGUAGCCGAAUCUCGAGCCACCCUCGGCGUGACGCCACGAGCAACAAUCGAACAAACCAGCCAAAACCCCGAAAGUCUUCGAUAUAUCCAGCAACUCGAAGAUUACAGCAAGUACCAAAGGCAGGAGAGCGUGGAGGAGACCUCUUCCCAGCGACCAGUGUUCAUCCGACCCCUCCAGGAUCUAGGAGAACUGCAGGAAGGACGUAAUGCCCAUUUCGAGGGACAACUCACUCCUGUUAGUGAUCCAACGAUGAAAGUGGAGUGGUAUAAGGAUGGACGACCAAUCACAGCCAGCAGUAGAAUCACAACCAUCUUCAACUUCGGCUACGUCUCACUUAAUAUUAUGCACCUACGAAGUGAAGAUGCAGGUUCUUAUACAGCGCGGGCUGUGAAUCGCUGUGGAGAGGCCAUCAGCUCCGCGUCUUUACGUGUCUUUGUACGUACUAAUGUUACUGCCGAUCUUGGCAUUCCCGAGCAACAAAGAUAUAUCGAAGCUGCCGAGGAAUUGGAAGCUUAUCACGAGGCUGCACAACGCAAGUACGUUCAAGAGCAGCCGGAAAAAAUAGUCCCACCGGUAUUCAAAACGCCUAUCAAGGAUCAACUGAAUAUACGAGAAGGUGCGUUUGCACACUAUGAAGCACAACUCGAACCCGUCGGAGAUACUACGCUCCGCGUUGAAUGGUUGAAGAAUGGACGUCCUGUCGAAGCUAGUUCGCGAAUUACAACAUUCUUCAACUUUGGAUACGUUGCGCUCACGAUAAAAUAUGUUACCAUUCAUGACGUUGGAAUCUACACUUGUCGUGCUUACAAUCGUGCUGGAGAAGCACAUACCUCUGCGCAACUUAGCGUAAUUACUAAAGAUGAUAUUGUUUAUGACAGUCAACACCCAAGCGGUUUACAGAAGAUUCGUACUCUCGAAGAUUCUAGUCGAUACACGCGUAAAGUCGAAGAGGAAAAACAGGUUACUCAACCUCCCAGGUUCUUAGGACCACUCAAGGGCACCAAUAAGAUCGUUGAAGGACAAAGAGCCCACUUUGAAGCUCGUGUUGAACCACAAAGCGAUCUUACUAUGAAGAUCGAAUGGUACCACAAUGGCCAGCCCAUUACAGCUGCCAAUAGAAUUCAAACUUAUCAUGAUUUCGGUUACGUUGCUAUCGAUAUAUUACAAGUUAGAUCUGAAGAUGCCGGUACAUAUACUGUUGUUGCAAGAAACAACUACGGUGAAGCUAAACUGUCAGCCACUAUGGUGGUUGAAACUCGUACCAGCAUUGACACUAGUAGUAUGCAUCAUGGUGCUUAUGAAAAAACUCAACGUUUCGAAGAUGCUAAAUUCGUUGAACCCAAGUACCACAUCGAAGAGAUUUCAAAGUCAAAACCGAUCUUUACUCAACCACUAAGCGAUCCACCAACAGUAAGCGAAGGCAGGCAUAUCCACUUAGAGUGCAGAUUAGAACCAAUGGGCGAUCCAACGAUGCGUGUUGAAUGGUUCCAAAAUGGUCGGCCCAUCGCUAUUGGUUCCAGAUUUAGAACUUACUACGACUUUGGUUACGUUGCUCUUGACAUAAUUCACGCCAGUGCACUUGACUCUGGUGAAUACACAGUACGUGCCACCAACCAUCUAGGAACGGACCAUACGUCGGCGUGUGUACGUGUAAUCGGCCGCUCGGAUAUUAUUACGGACACUCAAAAUGAACAAUCAUUGGAACAAAUACAGAUGCUGGAAGAUGCAUCUAGAUACAGAAGAACGCAACAGGAAGAAGUACUUGUUCAGCAAGCGCCACAAUUUACUCGUCCACUUCAUAAUAUUGAAACUGUGGAAUUAACGAAUGUCCAUCUGGAAUGUCGACUCCAGCCAGUUGGUGAUGCGUCGAUGAAAGUUGAAUGGUUUGUUAACGGUAGACCAGUCAAAACUGGACAUCGUUUCAGACCUUCAUAUGAAUUCGAUUAUGUGGCUCUUGACAUUUUGGGUGUAUAUCCUGAAGACUCAGGUGUGUACACUUGUCAAGCCCGUAAUCAACUUGGUGAAGCAGUCACUUCGGGAUCUGUAAGAGUACAUGCCAAGAAAGACUUGAUUUUGGAAUCACAACAUCCUGAAGGUCUUGAACGUAUUCAAUAUUUGGAAGAUGCGUCGAAAUAUAAACGACAUGAGCUCAUUGAUGAGGUUGUUAAUGUUAAACCAAGGUUCAUCACUCAUCCUAAGAAUCAAGAAAGUCUCCGAGAAGGACAACAUGCUCACUUUGAAUGUAAACUCGAGCCAGUUACUGAUUCGAACUUGAAAGUAGAAUGGUACAAGAACGGUCGUCCGGUUACGAUAGGACACCGUUUCCGUCCAAUCCAUGACUUCGGAUACAUAGCCUUAGAUGUCAUAGACUUGAUUGCAGAAGAUUCUGGUACUUACACUUGUAGAGCUGUGAAUCUCAUUGGUAGUGAUGAAGUGUGCUGUACAUUAAGCUGCCGCUCAACCGCUCAAAUAUUAACUGAUACUCAAAAUGAGAGUGGACUUGAACAAAUUCACUAUUUGGAAGACAGGUCGAAGUAUCAACGACGAGAGGAUAUUGAAGAAACAACGACUCAAGCUCCCAUUUUCACUACUUCGUUGAACAAUGUUGAAAUUAAAGAAGGACAACGUGCACACUUCGAAUGUAGAUUGAUUCCAGUAUCCGAUGCAACGAUGAAAGUUGAAUGGUUCCACAAUAAUGCUCCAGUCAAGGCUGGAUCUCGCUUUGUUGAGACUAAUAGCUUUGGUUUUGUAGCUUUGGAUAUUAUGUAUGCUUAUCCUGAGGAUGCUGGUACAUAUACUUGUAGAGCACGAAAUGCGAUUGGCGAGGCUAUCACCUCUGCGACUGCAGUGGUUCACUCCAAGAAAUCAAUCUACUUGGAAACUCAAAACGAAGAAGCUUUGCAAAAAGUACGGCAAUUGGAAGACUAUUCUCGUUAUCAACGUAAGACUGUUCAAGAAGAGACUGUAACACAAGCGCCAGUUUUCACAAUGCCGAUUAAAGACAUACAAGUCGCUGAAAAUCAAGCUGCACACUUUGAAGCUCGGGUCAUUCCUGUUGGUGAUUCUAAAUUGAAAGUACAAUGGUUACGUAAUGGUGUACCAAUUUUAGCAUCUAAUCGCAUUACGACUAUGCAUGACUUUGGCUACGUAGCCCUCAAUAUGAAAUAUACUACUCCCGAAGAUGCAGGUACCUACACUUGUAGGGCUGUGAAUGAUCUUGGUGAAGCUGUAACAUCGGCAACAAUGUUCGUCCAAUCCAAGGCAGCUUUACAAUUCGAAUCACAACACGAAGGAGUAUUGUCCAAACUUCAAGCACUAGAAGACACAAAUAAAUACCAAAGACGCGAGGAGGAGGAAAUACCAGUGACAGAGAAACCACGAUUCACUGUACAAUUGAAUGGACCUACAAACCUAGUAGAAGGUCAAAGCGCACAUUAUGAGUGUCGUAUUGAACCUUAUCCCGAUUCCAAUUUAAAAGUAGAGUGGUUCCACAAUGGUAAACCACUAUCUACUGGUCAUAGAUAUAGAACUGCAUAUGACUUUGGCUUUGCAUCCCUUGAUGUUUUAUCGGUAUAUGCUGAAGAUUCUGGCACAUACACAUGUAGAACAACAAAUAAACUUGGACAAGCCACAAGUUCAAUAAAUCUUGAUGUUAAAUCUCGUGCUUCCAUUAUCCGUGAAACGCAACAUGAGGGAGCUCUGAAGAAGAUACAGUAUCUGGAAGAUGACUCACGUUACAAGAGAGUUGACAGGGAAGACGCUAUAGUCAUUGAAAAGCCUAAAUUUGGAAGACCUUUGAAAAAUAUUGAACAUUUGCCUGAAGGCAAGAGUGCUCACUUGGAAGCCACGCUGACUCCAGUAAAUGAUGCUACUAUGGUUGUUGAGUGGUACAAAGAUGGAAAACCUAUUCCCCAAGGUCACAAAUUCAAGACGACUUAUGAUUUUGGAUAUGUAGCUCUUGAUAUUUUGUAUGCAUACCCUGAAGACUCCGGAACUUAUAUGUGCAAAGCUAGAAAUGCCGUUGGAGAGGCAGUUACCACGUGUGUUAUCUCUGUCGAUGCUAAGCAAGGAUUAUAUCUCGACACAUUGGAUGCUAGUCGACUUGAAAAGAUUCGUCAAUUGGAAACUGUCGAAGUUAAACCAAUUAUUGAAAAAGAAGUUGUUCAUCAGAAGCCAGUCUUUAUCACUCCUCUUAAUAAUUUGGAUCAUCUCAAGGAAGGAGAACAUGCUCAUCUCGAAUGUCGCGUUGAACCAAUCAACGACGCUAAUUUAAAAAUUGAAUGGUUUGUCAAUGGAAAACCUGUCAAAACUGGACACCGCUACCGAACAACCCAUGACUUCGGUUAUGUUGCUCUCGACAUAUUAUACAGUUAUGCUGAAGAUUCUGGUACUUAUAUGUGCAAGGCUACGAAUCUUGCCGGUGAAGCUGUUAACACAUGUACCAUUAAAGUUGGAUCUCAUCGUAGUCUUAUAUUAGAUACACAACAUCCUGAUGGACUCGAAAAGAUAAGAGAAUUAGAAGCUCAAGGUCGACCAGCAAGAUUAGAAAUUGAAGAACCUCCUGUAUUUCCACCGAGAUUUGUUACUGAAUUAAGAGGAACGAAAGAAAUAUAUGAAGGUCAAACAGCUCACUUCGAAUGUCAAAUUGAACCUCUUCAUGACGCCAAUUUGCGAGUUGAAUUCUUUCACAAUGGCAAGCCACUGCCAUCUGCAUCUAGAUUCCAUGUUACAUUUGAUUUUGGUUAUGUUGCACUUGAUAUCAGCCAUGCGGUGCCAGAAGAUGCAGGUCAAUAUUCAGUACGUGCUAUCAAUGCUCUUGGCCAGUGCGUUUCUUCUAUCGAACUCAACGUGAUACCAAAAGACAGCAUUAUUUUGGAUUCUCAACGUCCAGAAGGAUUGGAUAAAAUUCGUGAGCUUGAGUCUCAGCAACCUUGGAAGCGCCCAGAAGUUCCUGAACCAACAACAAAACAGAGACCGGUCUUUACUCAACCAUUGCAAAAUAUCGAUGCAAUUCCUGAGGGUGAAACUGCUCACUUCGAAUGUAGACUGAUUCCUGUUGGAGAUGCAUCAUUGAAAGUUGAAUGGUUUAGAAAUGAAAAACCAAUUGAAACAAGUUCUCGAAUUACCAAAGUUCACGAUUUCGGAUAUGUGUCCCUUGACAUUGCUCACGUGCGCGAAGAAGAUGAGGGUAUUUAUAUGUGUCGUGCUACAAAUCCACUUGGUGAAGCUGUAACAACUGCUGGAAUGAAAGUUUUAUCUAAAGCUAAUAUUCAACUAGACACACAACAUCCUGAAGCUCAACGCAAGAUUGCUCGCUUGGAAGCUGACAAAGCUCCAACUCGUGCUGAAGAACCUGAAAAGGUCUUUGAUAAACCAAUCUUCACUCAACUAUUAACUGGACCAACGGAAUUGUGGGAAGGUCAAUUGGCUCGCUACGAAUGUCGCGUAGUUCCAGUAGGUGAUGCAAGUUUGAAGUUUGAGUGGUACGUCAAUGGAGUCGAACUUCAAAUUGGUUCACGGUUUCAUGUUAAUCAUGACUUUGGAUUCGUUACUCUUGAUAUAAUGAAGGUUAUUCCUGAAGACUCAGGUGUUUACACCUGCAAGGCUAUCAAUAGAGCUGGAGAAGCUGUAUCGUCGAUUUCCCUCAAAGUUAAGGCUCGAUCAGCAAUUGCUGGUGAUGUUCUUCAACCAGAUGCAUGGCAAAAAAUUCAACUGAAAGAAGCAGAAAUGAACAAGGUUCCAGAAAUGUUUAUUGACACUACACCACAACAAGCACCAGUAUUUACAACUCAUUUGAAGAGCUAUGAUCAAUUAGUAGAAGGACAACACGUUUACCUUGAAGCUCAAGUAGAGCCACGCGCAGAUCCGAAUUUACGUGUUGAAUGGUUUAAGAACGGCGUAGCUCUUCAAACUGGAACUCGACUGAGGAGUACUUUCGACUUUGGUUUAGUGUCAUUAUCAAUUAAUGGUCUUCGUCCAGAUGAUUCAGCUAUUUAUACCUGCAAAGCAACUAAUUUACUUGGUGAAGCAGUAUCAACAAGCAGUCUCAAGAUUGCUGAUAGGCAUUGGUUACUUGGUGACACAUUGCAUCCAGACGCUCUUCAGAAAAUCAGUGAUCUGGAACAGCCUCAAGUAUUUACAAGAGAUCAACCUGAACCAACAUAUGAAGAACCAGUUUUUAUAAGCCAUCUUAAUAAUGUUGAAUGCAUUGAAGGUGAUAACGUUCACUUUGAAUGUAAUGUUGAACCAUCAAAAGAUCCAACAAUGAAGAUUGAAUGGUUCCUCAAUGGAAAACCACUACCUUUCGGUGCUAGAUAUAAAUCCACGUAUGAUUUUGGUUAUGUUGCCCUUGAUUUGAAUCAUGCUUAUGAAGAAGAUUCUGGUAUUAUUACCGUAGUAGCUACCAACUCUAAGGGUUCAGCUCAGACAUCUGGUACACUAAAAUGCACAAGCAAACAAAACAUUUAUUUACAAACUCAACAUCCACAAGGUGAAGCUGGCUUGGAAAAGGUCAAGGAAGUUGAUGAGGCUUACUUAUCAAAGUCCAAGAGACCUGAAGAUGGACCUGAAAAAGAAUAUCCGAUACCUAUUUGGACCGUGCCUCUUCAACCGGAAUUCAAACUUGGUGAGAGUGAACCAUUACAUUUAGAAGGUCAAGUGGAACCAAAAGAUGAUCCUAAUCUGAAGGUCGAAUGGUAUUUCAAUGGAAAAGUAUUACAACAGGGAUCAAGAUUUAAGACUACUUGCGACUUUGGUUUUGUCACUUUAGAUUUAACUGACGUCUAUGACAGAGACUCCGGUAUUUACACAUGCAAAGCAUAUAAUAAGGCUGGUGAAGCAUUUACUUCAUCAACUGUUUAUUGUUCGACGAAAGAAAAUAUUAUUGAACGAUCUCAGCAUCCUAAAGGAAAAGAAGGACUUGAAGCUAUUCAAGAUUUGGAAGAGUCACUCAGAAAACAACCGGGAGCUCCUACCGAAGCUGAUGGUGGUCAAGCACCUACAUUUACAUCAAAGUCCGAAGAUCUUUCUAAUGUAGGAGAGGGAGAACUGGCUCACUUUGAAGGUACACUGAUUCCUACUGGAGAUCAAACUAUGGUCGUUGAAUGGUUCUUCAAUGAGAAAUCUAUUGAAGCCAGUCAUCGUAUUCGUACUGUAUACGCUUUUGGAACAGUUGUUUGUGAAGUGCAUGGAACGAAGAUUGAAGAUUCCGGAACAUAUACUUGCAGAGCUACAAAUAAAUGGGGAAAAGCUGAAAUCAGCCUAAACUUAGAAUGCGUUGAUAAAUCUAAAGGUCAAAAGCCAAGAUUCACCACUCAAAUUCAGUCAUUGGAAGGUCUUAAGGAUGGCCAAUCAGCUCACUUUGAAUGUACUCUUGUACCAGUCGGAGAUCCUAAUAUGAAGGUAGAAUGGUUCCAUAAUGGUCAACCAUUGCGUCACUCGUCACGUUACAAGAUGGUAUCAGACUUUGGAUUUGUUGUGAUGGACAUUGCUGGAGUUAUGUCGCAUGACACGGGUGAAUACGUAUGUAAAGCAAGCAAUAAAUAUGGUGAAGACUAUACGAAAGCUACUCUAAAAUGUUUCGGCAGAAGUGGCGUAUAUCUUGAUACACUACAACCAGAUUCAUUAGCAAGAAUCAGAGAGCUUGAAGCAUAUACUGGUGAUCAACAAGCUAUAACACCAGCUCCAGUAGCUGAACCACCCAAAUUUAUCACACAAAUCAAGGACGUUGCUAAAUUAGUCGAAGGACAGUCUGCUCACUUUGAAGCCAGAUUAACACCGGUAACAGAUCCUGAUUUAAAAGUUGAAUGGUACUAUAAUGGAAAGAAAUUACCUCAUGGUCAUCGAUACCGAACAUUCCAUGACUUUGGCAUUGUAAUUCUUGAUAUACUCUAUUGUUAUGAAGAAAAUUCUGGAGAAUAUGAAUGUAGAGCAAUAAACAAAUACGGUGAAGAUUCUACGAAGGCAACGCUACGCUGUAUAUCAAAGGCAAAUCUGAUUCUUGAAUCGCAAUUACCAAAAGGUAUGGAAGGAGGUUUAGAAAAAAUACAAACCCUAGAAGAUUCCAUGGUAAAAACACGCGAUGAGCAAGUAACAGAGACUAAAGGAAAAGCACCCGUAUUCACUGUACCCUUGAACAAUUUAGAUGGACUUCGCGAAGGUGAAAGUGCACACUUUGAAGCUCGAUUAACGCCCACAGACGAUCCAAAGUUAAAGGUCGAAUGGUUCUGGAAUGGAAAACCACUGAGAACUGGCACCCGAUUCCGAACGUUCUGCGAUUUUGGUUUCGUGAUUCUCGAAAUUUCACCAAUUUAUCCAGAGGAUUCUGGAGAAUAUAGUUGCCGUGCAAUAAAUGAAUACGGCGAAGCAGUAACAACAUGCUCGAUGAAAUGUAGUGGUAAACGUAGUAUUAUCUUAGAAUCACAGCUGCCUAAAGGAAUGGAAGGUACAAUCGACAAGAUAGCUGAGCUCGAAGGUCUUGGUGCUGAACCCGGUCAAUCGAUUCCUGAUGAUGAUACUGGAAGACCACCAGAAUUUAUCACGACUCCCUCAGACUUGACUCUUUCUGAAAACUCUUUGGCUCAUUUCGAAUGUAGAUUACUGCCUGUCAAUGAUUCUAGUAUGAGGGUUGAAUGGUUCCAUAACGGUAAACCUCUCUUAGCAGGAUCAAGAGUCAAAACAAUCUAUGACUUUGGUUUUGUCAUUCUCGAGGUUGCUAAUUGCUACCAACGAGAUUCCGGUUUGUACACUUGCAAAGCUGUAAACAAACACGGCGAAGCAACGGUAUCCUGUCAAUUACAAGUUAGAGGUAGACAGGGAAUUAUUCUUGAACCUCAGCUUCCAAGUAACUUCAAAACAGGAACUGAAAGCAUCCAAAAAUUGGAAGAAGCUCUAUACAAGCGGGAAGAAAUUUUGUCUGAAGAAGAAAAGCCAAAUCCUCCAAGAUUUGUUGUGGAAUUAAAAGAUAUUCAAGUUAAUGAAGGAGAAGCUAGUCAUUUCGAUUGCCGUGUCGAACCUGUCAAUGAUUCGUCUAUGAGAAUUGACUGGUUCCAUAACGGAAGACCUUUCGCUACUGGAUCUAGAGUACAUCAGAUCAACGAUUUUGGAUUUAUUUCGUUAGAUCUAUCUUACACUUAUGCAAGAGAUAGCGGUGAAUAUGUUUGCAGAGCGACAAAUAAAUGGGGAUCUGCUACUACUAAAGCAACGAUUACUUGUACAUCUAAAAAAUCUAUUGACUUUGAUUCACAACUUCCGUCCGGUAUGAGUGGAGAAAAACUGAAAGAGCUUGAACGAGGUCAUAUGCCAGAGCCUGCACCAGCACCUGAAGCUCCACAUCAACCACCAAGAUUUGUAACACAAAUUAAGUCCGCUACCGUUGAAGAAAAUGAAAAUGUGAGAUUUGAGUGCCAAGUUGAACCCAAAGAUGACCCCAAACUACGCAUUGAGUGGUACAGAAAUGGAAAAUUAAUUCCUGCAGGACACAGAUACAGAACUACUUAUGACAUGGGCUUCGUUUCGAUGGAUAUUCUCUAUGUGUAUCCAGAAGACUCUGGAGAAUAUAUUUGUAAAGCCAUCAAUGAUUAUGGAGAAGAUACGACUAAAGCGUCGGUUUCAUGCAAACAAUUACCAAGCAUUAUACUGCAAAACCAAGUACCAAAGGGAAUGAAGAAAUCAGAAGCUUUAAUGCAAAUGGAGGCUACUAUCAAAAAAUAUACUUCAGAAAUACAUCUUACUGAGGAUGACUUAUACGACGCAGAUAAGAAACAACCACCAAGAUUUGUUACUCAAAUUAAAGACCAAACUGAGCUCGUUGAAAUGAACAGUACUAAAUUCGAAUGUCAGUUGGCACCUGUCGGCGAUCCAAAUAUGAAAGUGGAAUGGUUCUUGAAUGGAAAACCACUUCCUCACAAGAACAGAUUUACACCUAUCUAUGACUUUGGAUAUGUAGCAAUGAACUUUGGUUGGGUGUAUCCUGAAGAUAGUGGUGAAUAUCUUUGUAGAGCUACCAAUCUUUACGGCAGUGAUGAAACCAGAGCUACAAUAAGAACCGCAGGAAAGCCAGGAAUUAUUUAUGAAUCACAAUUACCAAAAGGAAUGAAAAGUAUCGAGAAGAUUCGUGAAAUGGAAGCUGCUUGGCAAAUUGUUCCUGAGGAAGAAACUGAAGUUGAAAAAGUCAAGUCACCACCGGUUUUCGUUAGCAAACCAGAACCUGUUACCGUCGAAGAAGGAGAUAACUCUCGAUUCUGUUGCCGUGUUACUGGUUAUCCUAGACCUCGUGUAAUGUGGCUUAUCAAUGGGCACACUGUCGUAGGUGGAUCACGUUACAAACUGACAUAUGACGGCAUGUACCAUCUUGACAUUCCGAAAACAAGACAAUAUGAUAAUGGAAAGGUUGAGGUGAUUGCAAGAAGUUCUGUUGGAGAGGCGCGAACAGAAACGACGCUUACUGUUAAACAACGCAGUGGUGACUACCGUGGAGUUUUGAAAUCGUCCCCAAGACCAUGGUAUGACGCUGAGCUUGCACAAUAUCAAGCAGAAAGAGAAGAAACUGAAUUGACACGUGUAUUCGAUGAGAGACAUCAAUCUCAUACAACUCCCAUAAUCAGUGAACACCUUGGUCCCAAAUUUAUUAAAGAACCAGAUACUGAAUGGCAAAAAACUGUGAAAUCGAAGAAGGGUGAAGAUUACUAUAGCAAGCUUACAAGUCUCGAAGAAGAUCAAUUAUUGAAAGAAUCGAGAUUAAGAGAACAAUCUCAUCAAUUUGCAAUUCCAGGAGAAAAAGUAGUUAGCAACUCUAUAGCUAAAGGGAUGGCCCAAAAGUACCAAGAAACUUUGGAGGCACAGCCGCAAGAAUCUGCCCAACCACCACCGAAACCUGGUAAAAAAUUCACAACACAAGUAGAUAUUGAUUCUCAAAAACAUAAAGGGCCCAAGUAUCAACCUGAACCAUCUGAAUCAAGUGUGCAUGGUCGUGAAGUUCACAUAGCGAAACAAAAGCAAAUGCAAAAGGAAACCAAAGGUGAUGUGGAAAUCACAAGAAAAAUUACCGCAACUGAAACCACUGAAGUCGAACACAAAGCAAAGACACAAGAACGCGUUGUUCAAGGUCAAGUGAAGCCAUCAAAGCCACCGAUGUUUACGAAAAAGAUUCAGCCAUGUCGAGCUUUCGAGCAAGAACAGGCCAAAUUUGAAGUUGAAUUUGAUGGCGAUCCUCUACCAACCAUCAAAUGGUACCGUGAAGAUUUUCCACUAACGAACUCUGCCGAUCUUCAAAUUUAUACCUUCAGUACAAAGUCUAUCUUGGUUAUUCGUCAAGUAUUCAUGGAAGAUUCCGGAGUAUUCUCCGUAAUUGCGGAGAAUAGAGGAGGAAAAGCUAAAUGUAGUGCAAACCUUGUUGUUGAAGAAAGGCGAAGACAACCAGGACGUGGUGGAGUUGUACCUCCAAGCUUCAUAAAUACCAUUCAAAGUACUACCAUUACAAGUGGUCAACUAGCUAGAUUUGAUGCUAAAGUUACCGGUACUAAGCCUAUAGAUGUUUACUGGUUAAAGAAUGGCAAGAAAAUCAUGCCUGACAUUCGUUACAAGACUUUGGAAGAAGAUAACACCUAUACGCUUUUGAUUCUUGAGAGUGUCACGGAAGACACUGGGAAGUAUGAAUGCGUUGCCAUCAAUAGUGCAGGAGAAGCUCGGUGUGAAGCAGAAUGUGUUAUACGCCAACCGCAAUCUCCAGCAGGUAAAACGGCAAAACCAUCGCCGUCUGAUGUAGAGAAAGCUCCCACUAUUUUGCAACCUUUGAAAGAUCAAACCAUCAAAGAGGGAACAUCAGUUGCAUUCUCAUGUAGAAUUAGUGCUAAACCUAUUCCGCAAAUUCAAUGGAUGAAAGGAGACAAGGUUAUCAAACCAUCAAAGUACUUCCAAAUGCAAAAAGAAGUAGAUCUUUGCACGUUAAGAAUUUCAGAAGCAUUUCCAGAAGAUGAAGGCUUGUACAAAUGUAUUGCCAAAAACUCUGCUGGUGAAGCCGUGACAUCUGCCAACCUAAAAGUGCUUGCUCCUGAAGCAGCGGACAUUUUACCAAAAUUGACUCCUCUUAAGGAUCAAAUAGUUCUGGAAGGACAGCCAGCCCAAUUUAAGACUCAAGUUUCGCCUGCCAAACCGAAACCAACAAUCAAGUGGUAUCGCGAAGGUGCUCUUAUUCCUGAAUCACCCGAUUUUCAGAUGAUUCACGAAGGUAACAAUGCAGUUCUGUUGAUUGCAACAACAUAUGAAGAGGAUACUGGUACAUUUACCUGCCGUGCCACAACAUCAGCAGGAACUGUCGAAUCAUCGGCAAAGCUCAUCGUUAAAAGACGAAAAGGAGUAUCAUAUAAAUCAACUGUACCAGAAACAGAUGCUACCGAUGAUCUGAAACCAAACAAAUUUGAUCAACCCAAAUUUGGAUCUAUUGUAGAUGACACAACCCUCAAGGAAUUGACGAAAAAUAUUAUCGAGUAUGAUGAAGAAGGGCUAGCAAUAGGAACUCCAAUGCAACCAGGAGAUGAAAUGUUACCGUGGCGCAAAGGUCGAGUCAAACAUCGACCUCGGCCAUUACACACAACACCAUGGCGAAAAAUUAAAGAAUCUCCUCGAGAAUCAUCUUUAGAUAGCCUACAGCAUAGGCUACCUAUUACUGAUACAGUUAAACCUUGGAUCGAAGAAGAAGUAGUUUUAAAGAAAGCUCCUCAGAUACCAAAAGAAAUUACAAAAGAAAAAUUAGAGGAAGUUGAACUACGACCAGCUAAAAUUCAAAAGCGAGGAAUUCGAAGAGAAAGUAUUCAGUACGUUGAACUCAAACCCAUUCCUAAACAAAUAACUAGAGAUGAGGUGAUAUUGAAAAGACUCAUGGCUCAAAAAAGUAUAACCGUUCAUUCUGAUGAGGAUGAGGAAGAUAGUAUAUGUCUUGAUAUAACUAAAUCUGAAGAAGAGAAGUCAUGGAGAGAUGAAAUAAUUACUUUGAAACAUAUGAAACCAGAAAAAAAACUGGUUCAAAAGGAAAAACUAGAAGAAGUUAGUUUAAAACCAGCGCAACCCGAGAAAAAAGAUUAUAAGAAACCAAAGCUUCAGCCGGUUGAACUUCGUCAUGUUACAGAAGAUGCUACAAUUUUAGAACAGGUAGAAUCAGAAAGAUAUGAGCUUUACACAGAAGAAAAUGAUUCACAACUGUUAAGUAUUGAUAAAAACGUACAGCAAACAAAAAAGGUUAGGCCCUGGAAGCAAGAAAAAGUAGAUUCUGAAGUUAAACCUUGGACUGAGGAAAAUAUAACCUUGAAAAAAGCUCCAAUAACCAAAAAAGAAUAUAUUAAAGAAAAAUUAGAAGUACCUAUACUAAAGAAGGUUGCAGAUAAAAUUCCUAAAGAAGAGCUUUUAACAAAAGAGACAGAUAAUAAAACAAUUACUCAUGAAGAAGAGGAUACCAGAAUUAUGAAUAGAACCGUUGUACAUGAAAAAGAAGAAAAACAAAUUCCACACGAUAAAACGAAACCACAAACUAAAGAUAUGGAUACAAAAACAAAGCGCACGACGAAAUUGCUGGUUGACGAGGAUAAAUUAGUAUCUCCCCAAGUCGUUGAAGAAAAGAUAGAGGAGGAAAAACCAGAAGAAUCUACGCUGCCAUGGAUGCGAACCUUAAGGAAACCUAAGAAACCUGAACAGAAGGAAGAAAAACCCAAGCAGGAAACAAUUACACUAAAGCCGGUUCAGAAAACAAAAUCAGAGGAUCUUAAAGAAACCGAAAAAGUUGAGUUGAAACCCGUGACUAAGCGCACCGAGGAAAUUGUGGAAAAGCCGCAGAUUGCGCUGAAACCAAUAAAGAAAGAUAUUACUGAGGUAACGCUCCAGACUGAGGAUAAACGCAUUCUAGACAUCAAAGAAACCGAAAAAGUCAUUGAAAAGCAGCAGAUCGAGGAGGAAACUGUUAUGUGGCAGCGUGGUAAAAAGAAAACGAAACCUAAAGUUGAAAAACCAGAAGAAAAGCCAUAUGAUAAGAGCACUGCAGAGUUUAUUAUUGAGGAAGAAAAGCCGAAGGUAGACGAAAUAGAAGAAUCGAAAAUUCCUUGGUUACGAGGGAAGAAACAACCGAAGCCCGAACAAAAGGUAGAAAAAUUAGAUGAAACUGAGAUGAUAUUCGAGACUGAAGACAAACAAAUUCUUGAUAUCAAAAAUACUGAAAAAGUUAUCAAAGAGCAGCAGAUCGAGGAAGAAACUGUUAUGUGGCAGCGUGGUAAAAAGAAAACGAAACCUAAGAGUGAAGAACCACGCGAUAAGAGUGUAGCAAAAUUACCAAUUGAAGAAGAGAAAUUGGUAUCUUCUCAAGUCGUUGAAGAAAAGCUAGAGGAAGAAAAACCAGAAGAAUCUACGGUACCAUGGAUGCGAAAUUUAAGAAAACCUAAGAAGCCUGAACAGAAAGAAGAAAAACCCAAGCAGGAAACAAUUACACUAAAGCCGGUUCAGAAAACAAAAUCAGAGGAUCUUAAAGAAACUGAGAAAGUUGAGUUGAAACCCGUGACUAAGCGUUCUGAGGAAGUUGUGAAAACGCAGCAAAUUGCCCUGAAACCAAUAAAGAAAGACAUUACUGAGGUGACGCUCCAGACUGAGGAUAAACAAAUUCUAGAUGUCAAAGAAACUGAGAAAGUUACCGAAGAGCAGCAGAUCGAAGAGGAAACUGUUAUGUGGCAGCGUGGUAAAAAGAAAACUAAACCUAAAGUUGCAAAACCAGAAGAAAAGCCAUAUGAUAAGAGCACUGCAGAGCUAAUUAUUGAAGAAGAAAAGCCGACGGUGGACGAAUUAGAAGAAUCGAAAAUUCCAUGGUUACGAGGGAAGAAACAACCGAAGAAGCCCGAACAAAAGGUAGAAAAAUUAGAUCAAACCGAGGUGAUACAUGAGACUGAGGACAAACAAGUUCUUGAUAUCGAAAAUACUGAAAAAGUUAUCAAAGAGCAGCAGAUCGAGGAAGAAACUGUUAUGUGGCAGCGUGGUAAAAAGAAAACAAAACCUAAGAGUGAAAAACCAGAUGAUAAGAGUAUAGCAGAAUUACCGAUUGAAGAAGAGAAACUGGUAUCUUCGCAAGUCGUUGAAGAAAAGAUAGAGGACGAAAAGCCAGAAGAAUCUACGCUGCCAUGGAUGCGAACCUUAAGGAAACCUAAGAAACCUGAACAGAAGGAAGAAAAACCCAAGCAGGAAACAAUUACACUAAAGCCGGUUCAGAAAACAAAAUCAGAGGAUCUUAAAGAAACCGAAAAAGUUGAGUUGAAACCCGUGACUAAGCGCACCGAGGAAAUUGUGGAAAAGCCGCAGAUUGCGCUGAAACCAAUAAAGAAAGAUAUUACUGAGGUAACGCUCCAGACUGAGGAUAAACGCAUUCUAGACAUCAAAGAAACCGAAAAAGUCAUUGAAAAGCAGCAGAUCGAGGAGGAAACUGUUAUGUGGCAGCGUGGUAAAAAGAAAACGAAACCUAAAGUUGAAAAACCAGAAGAAAAGCCAUAUGAUAAGAGCACUGCAGAGUUUAUUAUUGAGGAAGAAAAGCCGAAGGUAGACGAAAUAGAAGAAUCGAAAAUUCCUUGGUUACGAGGGAAGAAACAACCGAAGCCCGAACAAAAGGUAGAAAAAUUAGAUGAAACUGAGAUGAUAUUCGAGACUGAAGACAAACAAAUUCUUGAUAUCAAAAAUACUGAAAAAGUUAUCAAAGAGCAGCAGAUCGAGGAAGAAACUGUUAUGUGGCAGCGUGGUAAAAAGAAAACGAAACCUAAGAGUGAAGAACCACGCGAUAAGAGUCUAGAGGAAGAAAAACCAGAAGAAUCUACGGUACCAUGGAUGCGAAAUUUAAGAAAACCUAAGAAGCCUGAACAGAAAGAAGAAAAACCCAAGCAGGAAACAAUUACACUAAAGCCGGUUCAGAAAACAAAAUCAGAGGAUCUUAAAGAAACUGAGAAAGUUGAGUUGAAACCCGUGACUAAGCGUUCUGAGGAAGUUAUCGAAGAGGAAACUGUUAUGUGGCAGCGUGGUAAAAAGAAAACUAAACCUAAAGUUGCAAAACCAGAAGAAAAGCCAUAUGAUAAGAGCACUGCAGAGCUAAUUAUUGAAGAAGAAAAGCCGACGGUGGACGAAUUAGAAGAAUCGAAAAUUCCAUGGUUACGAGGGAAGAAACAACCGAAGAAGCCCGAACAAAAGGUAGAAAAAUUAGAUCAAACCGAGGUGAUACAUGAGACUGAGGACAAACAAGUUCUUGAUAUCGAAAAUACUGAAAAAGUUAUCAAAGAGCAGCAGAUCGAGGAAGAAACUGUUAUGUGGCAGCGUGGUAAAAAGAAAACAAAACCUAAGAGUGAAAAACCAGAUGAUAAGAGUAUAGCAGAAUUACCGAUUGAAGAAGAGAAACUGGUAUCUUCGCAAGCCGUUGAAGAAAAGAUAGAGGAGGAAAAGCCAGAAGAAUCUACGGUGCCAUGGAUGCGAAAUUUAAGAAAACCUAAGAAACCUGAACAGAAGGAAGAAAAACCCAAGCUGGAAACAAUUACACUAAAGCCGGUUCAGAGAACAAAAUCAGAGGAUCUUAAAGAAACCAAGAAAGUUGAGUUGAAACCCGUGACUAAGCGUUCUGAGGAAGUUGUGAAAACGCAGCAAAUUGCCCUGAAACCAAUAAAGAAAGACAUUACCGAGGUGACGCUCCAGACUGAGGAUAAACAAAUUCUAGAUGUCAAAGAAACUGAGAAAGUUAUCGAAGAGCAGCAGAUCGAAGAGGAAACUGUUAUGUGGCAGCGUGGUAAAAAGAAAACUAAACCUAAAGUUGCCAAACCAGAAGAAAAGCCAUAUGAUAAGAGCACUGCAGAGCUAAUUAUUGAAGAAGAAAAGCCGACGGUGGACGAAUUAGAAGAAUCGAAAAUUCCAUGGUUACGAGGGAAGAAACAACCGAAGAAGCCCGAACAAAAGGUAGAAAAAUUAGAUCAAACCGAGGUGAUACAUGAGACUGAGGACAAACAAGUUCUUGAUAUCGAAAAUACUGAAAAAGUUAUCAAAGAGCAGCAGAUCGAGGAAGAAACUGUUAUGUGGCAGCGUGGUAAAAAGAAAACAAAACCUAAGAGUGAAAAACCAGAUGAUAAGAGUAUAGCAGAAUUACCGAUUGAAGAAGAGAAACUGGUAUCUUCGCAAGUCGUUGAAGAAAAGAUAGAGGACGAAAAGCCAGAAGAAUCUACGGUGCCAUGGAUGCGAAAUUUAAGAAAACCUAAGAAACCUGAACAGAAGGAAGAAAAACCCAAGCAGGAAACAAUUACACUAAAGCCGGUUCAGAAAACAAAAUCAGAGGAUCUUAAAGAAACCAAGAAAGUUGAGUUGAAACCCGUGACUAAGCGUUCUGAGGAAGUUGUGAAAACGCAGCAAAUUGCCCUGAAACCAAUAAAGAAAGACAUUACCGAGGUGACGCUCCAGACUGAGGAUAAACAAAUUCUAGAUGUCAAAGAAACUGAGAAAGUUAUCGAAGAGCAGCAGAUCGAAGAGGAAACUGUUAUGUGGCAGCGUGGUAAAAAGAAAACUAAACCUAAAGCUGCAAAACCAGAAGAAAAGCCAUAUGAUAAGAGCACUGCAGAGCUAAUUAUUGAAGAAGAAAAGCCGACGGUGGACGAAUUAGAAGAAUCGAAAAUUCCAUGGUUACGAGGGAAGAAACAACUGAAGAAGCCCGAACAAAAGGUAGAAAAAUUAGAUCAAACCGAGGUGAUACACGAGACUGAGGACAAACAAGUUCUUGAUAUCGAAAAUACUGAAAAGGUUAUUAAAGAGCAGCAGAUCGAGGAAGAAACUGUUAUAUGGCAGCGUGGUAAAAAGAAAACAACACCUAAGAGUGAAAAACCACAUGAUAAGAGUAUAGCAGAAUUACCGAUUGAAGAAGAGAAACUGGUAUCUUCUCAAGUCGUUGAAGAAAAGCUAGAGGAGGAAAAGCCAGAAGAAUCUACGAAAACAAAACCUAAGAGUGAAAAACCAGAUGAUAAGAGUAUAGCAGAAUUACCGAUUGAAGAAGAGAAACUGGUAUCUUCGCAAGUCGUUGAAGAAAAGAUAGAGGACGAAAAGCCAGAAGAAUCUACGGUGCCAUGGAUGCGAAAUUUAAGAAAACCUAAGAAACCUGAACAGAAGGAAGAAAAACCCAAGCAGGAAACAAUUACACUAAAGCCGGUUCAGAAAACAAAAUCAGAGGAUCUUAAAGAAACCAAGAAAGUUGAGUUGAAGCCCGUGACUAAGCGUUCUGAGGAAGUUGUGAAAACGCAGCAAAUUGCCCUGAAACCAAUAAAGAAAGACAUUACUGAGGUGACGCUCCAGACUGAGGAUAAACAAAUUCUAGAUGUCAGAGAAACCGAAAAAGUCAUUGAAAAGCAGCAGAUCGAGGAGGAAACGGUUAUGUGGCAGCGUGGUAAAAAGAAAACGAAACCCAAAAUUGAAAAACCAGACCACAAACCAUAUAAUAAGACCACUGCUGAGUUAAUUAUUAAAGAAGAAAAGCCGAAGGUGGACGAAAUAGAAGAAUCGAAAAUUCCUUGGUUACGAGAAAAGAAACAACCAAAGAAGCCUGAACAAAAGGUAGAAAAGUUAGAGAAAUCCGAGGCGAUUCUCCCGAUCGAGGACAAACAAGUUCUUGAUGCCAAAGAAACUGAGAAAGUUGUCGAAGAGCAGCAGGUCGAGGAGGAAACUAUCAUGUGGCAGCGUGGUAAAAAGAUGAUGAAACCUAAGAGUGAGAAACCACACGAUAAGAGUGUAGCAGAAAUACCGAUUGAAGAAAAGAAAUUAGUAUCUCCUCAAGUCGUUGAAGAAAAGAUAGACGAGGAAAAACCAGAAGAAUCUACGCUGCCAUGGAUGCGAACCUUAAGAAAACCUAAGAAACCUGAACAGAAGGAAGAAAAACCCAAGCAGGAAACAGUUACACUAAAGCCUGUUCAGAAAACAAAAUCAGAGGAUCUUAAAGAAACCGAAAAAGUUGAGUUGAAACCCGUGACUAAGCGCACCGAGGAAAUUGUGGAAACGCAGCAGAUUGCGCUGAAACCAAUAAAGAAAGAUAGUACUGAGGUGACGUUCCAGACUGAGGAUAAACAAGUUGUAGAUGUCAAAGACACUGAGAAAGUUGUCGAAGAGCAGCAGAUCGAGGAGGAAACUAUCAUGUGGCAGCGUGGUAAAAAGAUGAUGAAACCUAAGAGUGAGAAACCACACGAUAAGAGUGUAGCAGAAAUACCGAUUGAAGAAAAGAAAUUAGUAUCUCCUCAAGUCGUUGAAGAAAAGAUAGACGAGGAAAAACCAGAAGAAUCUACGCUGCCAUGGAUGCGAACCUUAAGAAAACCUAAGAAACCUGAACAGAAGGAAGAAAAACCCAAGCAGGAAACAGUUACACUAAAGCCUGUUCAGAAAACAAAAUCAGAGGAUCUUAAAGAAACCGAAAAAGUUGAGUUGAAACCCGUGACUAAGCGCACCGAGGAAAUUGUGGAAACGCAGCAGAUUGCGCUGAAACCAAUAAAGAAAGAUAUUACUGAGGUGACGUUCCAGACUGAGGAUAAACAAGUUGUAGAUGUCAAAGGAACCGAAAAAGUCAUUGAAGAGCAGCAGAUCGAGGAGGAAACUGUUAUGUGGAAUCGUGGUAAAAGGAAGACGAAACCUAAAAUUGAAAAACCAGACGACAAACCAUAUAAUAAGAGCACUGCUGAGUUAAUUAUUGAGGAAGAAAAGCCCAAGAUUGACGAUUCAGAAGAAUCAAAAGUUCCUUGGUUACGAGGGAAGAAACAACCGAAGAGCCUUGAACAAAAGGUAGAAAAGUUAGAGAAAUCCGAGGCGAUUCUCCCGAUCGAGGACAAAGAAAUUCUUGAUGCCAAAGAAACUAAGAAAGUGGUCGAAGAGCAGCAAGUCGAGGAGGAAACUAAGAGAGAGGAAGAAGUUAAGGAUGUUAAAAAGAAGCGUAAACCAAAAUUGCAUACCGAAAUUGAUAUCACCAUAUUAGAUAAACAAAAAACUGUAGCCCCCCGUUUCAUACAAAAGUUACAGCCGGUUAUUAGUCAACCAAAUAAGUCAGCUAAAUUCACAUGUUCCGUUUUGGGACAUCCUAAUCCUAAAAUAACAUGGUACAAAAACGAACAAGAACUUCAUGCCAAUGAAAAAUAUACAAUGAUCGAAAUCGAAACAACGGCUACAUUAGAAAUAUCAAACGUCAGAGAAGAAGACGUUGCUAUGUAUACGUGUAGAGCGUCAAAUUCAGCAGGUGUAGCGACUUCAACUGUUAAUUUGGUCAUAUUUGAAAAAGAAGAGGAAGGUGUUGCACCUCAUUUUGUAAAUCCACUGAAACCUUUAAUUGUUGAAGAGCAUCAACCAGCAGUUUUAGAGUGUACGGUAAGUGGACAGCCUGUACCAGAAGUAAAAUGGUAUCAAGGAGAAUCUGAGGUUAAUGCAAAGAAAGGAAAAAUUGAGAUAACAUUUACGCCGGAAACAGGUAAUGCUCUUCUUAAAAUAUUAGAACCCACACAGCAAGACGAAACUAUUUAUCGAGUUCGAGCAUUGAAUAAGUUCGGUAAAGCUGAAUGUAGAGCAAAUCUUCUCAUCAGUAGUACUCCUAUCAUCUCAAAACCUGAAAUACUUCAAGCCCCUAAGAUUACACGACCAUUACCAGCUACUGUUGCUCAAAUAGGAGCAUCACUAACACUGUCAAUAGAAUUUGAGAGCGAAAUAAAACCAGAAGUUAAAUGGUUUAAAAAUAACACUGAAAUUGUGCCAUCUGCGGACAGACCGGUAAAUAUUUUUGAAAACGUUGCUGAACUUACUAUACCGAAUAUUCAGAAGAAAGAUACAGGAAAAUAUGAAGUUAGAAUACAAAACUCAGUCGGAGAAGCUCGUAGUUCUGGUUCAAUAACUGUAACUGAAAAAGAUAAAGUAAACGAAGCAAAAGCACCACGAUUUGUUCAAGCCAUUCAUCCGCAAAUUGUAGCGGAAGGCGAAGUUGUUAUCAUGGAAACCACAGUAAAUUCUUAUCCAACAUCAUCAUUUCAAUGGCUUCGCGAGAAUCGCCCACUGGUGUCUUCACAUGAGAUACGCAUUGUUACAAAAGAAAAUAGAUCAGUAUUGAUGAUUAAAGAAAUGAAACCGGAAUUAGCUGGCACGUAUACUUGUAGAGCUGAAAAUGUUGUAGGUUCUGUUACAAGUUCGGCUACCAUUAAUCUCCAAGAAAUACCAUGGGAAGAAACUGUGGAGCUUGUCUCUCCUGUUUUUGCAAAACGACUUUCUCCAGUACGCGUUAUGGAUGGUGAAAGUGUAAAUUUAACAUGUACUGUAAUAGGCAAGCCUAUUCCAAGAGUGGAAUGGCUUCACGAUAAUAAGCCAAUCAGAGAAGGCAAACAAAUUACAAUCCUUCAAGACUCUGAAGGCAUCUGUAAUUUAUCAAUUACGGAAGUUUUUCCGGAAGAUGCCGGAGAAUACACAUGUCAAGCAAUCAAUACCGUUGGUGAAGCAGUAUGCACGGCACCUUUAGUUGUUGAAGCUUACGAGUACAUUCCAGAUUCAGAAAUAGAAUCGUCUGCUAUAGCAACAUCUCUUAUUACUGGUCAAAGUGAAUCUGAAGAAGAUUUAUUAUCUCCAAAGGAAACACCACUAGAAUCUGAUACUGAAGAUUCUGCUCCAGAGAUAUUAAAGAAACUUCCUCAGUUAGUUCCUAGUAAAAAUGGAGAAUUAACACGAUUGGAAGUAAAAGUUAGAGGGAAACCUAAACCUGAAGGCAAGUGGUACAAACAAGGUUUAGAAAUCCAUCCUUCAAAAGAAUUCCAAAUUGAAGAAUUAGAAGAUGGAACGUCUAUUCUUACGAUUACCGAAACUUAUCCAGACGAUACUGGUGAAAUUGUGUUUGAAGCUUACAAUCCAUUGGGAGUAUCGACUACAACGGCAUAUUUAUCAGUAGAAGGUAUUGUAGGAACGAAAGAAUAUCGCAAACCAGAAUGGGUUACGCAAAUGGAAGAAAUGAAAGAAGCGUUGCGAGCUGCUCAAUCAGUACCUCGUUUUAUACAAGAGUUUACGGACACUUAUGUCCAAGAAGGUGAAAGAGUUGUAUUUGAAUGCAUUUACUCCGGAAAUCCUGUCCCAGAUAUAAUAUGGUUUAAAAAUGAUAAAGUAGUGCUCAAUACGGACAAUGUUAAAAUUAAAGUUUUUGAAGAAGAACUUAAAACAACACUCGAAAUAAAUGAAACUACUCAAGAAGAUGCUGGUAUUUAUGUAUGUAAAGCUACUAGUGAUAUCGGAUUAGCUACAACAAAAGCAAAAUUACAAGUAACUGAUUCAUAUGGUAGAUCAACAAAGCCUAUCGAGGAAACUGGAAUUUCAGAACAAGUACCAGAAAAGGUAGAAAAACUGCAGAAGAAGAAAAAAUCCGAAUUAAAAAAAGCAAAAGAAGUGAAAGAAAAGGUAAAAUCUGAGAGAGUUAAAACUGAUAAGAAGAUCAUUACAGAAGAUAAAGGUGUCUUGAAGGAAGAGACAGAGGAAAAAAUCAUUGCUGAUACACAGGAAACGCAAAUAUUCGAAACUACGGAAAUAAUAGAAGAAAUGAAGACGCCGUCACAAGCCAGAAAGAUCAUUCCGAUACAAGAACCAGUAAUAACAGAAACCACACCUAGUUUAAAGAAGGUUGACGAUAAAAAACUGAAGUCUGUUACAAAACCCGAUGAGAAGGCGGAAAAAAUAAUUGAAGAACAACAAGGUGUUGUUGUAUCUGAAAUUACAACAGAAGAUAUUGCUCCCGAUUUCGAGGUAGACAGGGUUGUGGACAAAGCAGAAAUUACUUCUGAAACCUUUGAAACUGUCUCAGUAAUUGAAGUUCAUACGGAAACUGACAUCCGCGAAGUUAGAAAAAAGAAAAAGAAACCAGAAAAGAAAGUUAUACACAAAGAUGAAGUGAGCGAAGUUACGAUAGAGCAAAUAAUUGAGGAACAGCAUGAAAAUAUUGCAAGAGAUGUGGAAGAAAUAAUGGAAUUAUUCGAUACUCCGGAAUAUAGACCUGCUGAACAACCACUCAAAGAAUUGGCUACGAUAGGUUACUUGGUGCGACAAGGUGUAACAGUUCACGAAAUAAAUGAGAGUUUAUAUAAAACCGACAAAUUUCCUGCACUCGUAACACCUGAUGCUCAAAACGCUCUGGUUCAACUUGUUGAAAGAGAAGGACACGGGCCGUUAAUCACCCAAGUGCUAACUGAAGAAACAACAACAGAUGAAAGUAUUGUUGCAGCUACCGUUGGAUUUAGAGCAUUCAUGAAAAUGGUAGAGUUACAACAUGCGACUGUUGAAGAAGUUAUUACACAUUUCUCACCGGAAGAUUUUCGGCCAAGAGCUUGGGAAGUUACUGAAGUGAUUGAGCACGUGGAAAGUGAACACACAGCUACCGAAAGGAUUGAAAUUAUUGAAGAAACAGAAGUUCAUGUGAUGGAAAGAAGAGUGGACAAGACAAUUGUACAAGUACAGGAUGUUCGAGAAACUAAAGAAUACGAGGACACUCAGCAGGCACACAUCACAAUGCGCAAACGAAAAGAUAAAACACUAGAAGAACAAUCUCAAGUUGAUGACACACUUGAAAGUAGGGAUGAGGGGGUUGAAAUUACAGAGAUUGAAGACACUUCAGUACUCAGUAUUACAGAUGAUUUAACUAAAGAAGAAACUAUUGAAACAGAUGAAUUAGUAAGCGUUCAAUUAGAUACAGAAGAAUUGAACCGUAAAAAGAAAAAAUCUAAAGAAAAGAAAUUUAAACGAAAAGAAGAAGAAGAAGAAGAAGAAGAAGAAGAAGAAGAAGAAAUAGAGAAAAAAACAGAAUUAAUAAAAUCUAAAAAGUUGCUUAAACCGAAGAAAUCUAAAAUAAAACGGGAAGAGCUAUCACUAGAAGAGAUUGAAGAUUUUGAAAUCAUACAAGACGAAAAAGUAUCUUCAGUCUUAUUAAAUAUACCCAGUCAUCAAAUUGAAACUAUUCCUUCUAUUACUGUGGUCGAUCAAGCACCUGAUAAACUUACCAACGAAACGGCUAGUAUAACAGUUGAUACUGUAAAUGCAGUAAUAGAACAAUAUAAUGUUGUACAAGAACAAGAAGAGGAUGAGGUGAAAACAGAAAAAUCUGAAACAAGAAAAGCUUCUUUAUCAAUAAAACCUGUUGAGUCAUAUUCUACUACAGAAAUUAUUGUUCAAGAUAGAACAGAUUUGAUUUUGGAUAUAGCUAAACCUUAUUCUGUAGAAGCAACUACUGAUAUAAUAUCUACGGAGGGUAUUAUAAUAAGUGAAGUUAAUCCUAGUGAAGCGAAACCGACGGAGAUUAUAGAAAAAGAAAAAUCUUUGACUAAAGCGGAUAUCACUCUAAUUUUGCAACAAGCAAAAACAAUAAUCGAACAAAUUGUUAAUGAAAAAGAAUCCUCUACUGUUGAUUAUGUUAUUCCAUCAAUAAUACAGGCAGAAGAAACUAUUAUACCCAAACAAAGCAUUUCAGUUUUAGAAGUUCAAGAAGAAAUCAAAGAACAGAAACUGGAAGAAAUGAAAUCCGUAACGAACAUCCUUGAUAUUAAACUAGAUGAAAUUGAAUCUCUUCAAGUGCAAGAAGUAUAUGUGUCGGAUAAACCAGGUAAAUAUUAUCCUGAACUUGUAGUCCCUACGGAAGUAGCAUCGACUUCAAUUAUUGCAAUGAAACAACACUUUACUGAAGAAAUGCAAGCACCGGAAAAAGAAGGAACAUACAUUCCUGGUAAAUUACCGACUGUUCAAACUGCUGAAACAGAACUUUCGGUACACGGCAAAGCCGCUAUGAUAACAGAGGAAUUUGUUCAAGAAAAGGAAAACCUUUACCAACCUAAGAUAAAAGCAGAUUCGUACGAAGCAACAUCCGAGAUUAAUUUGUUCGAGAACAUCAAUAUUUCAAGUAUCGAUAUACAAGAUCAAGAAUCAGAGCUAACGAUUGAAGAAUCGAAACGAUUUAAUGCUGAAAUAGGUAUGGAUGAACAUAUUUCUGUAUUAGCAUUAGAAACAACUACCGUGGAAAAGGAAAAGCCAUAUAUGUCAGAGCAAAAACCAGAGAUGAAAUUAGCUGAGAAAGUUAUUUUGCCAUUAGAAUUAGGAAUCAUUUCGAGUACAAUGGUUCAAGAUUCUGAAGGAGAAUACACAGAUUUUGUAAAAUCAACUGCUGUAAUUGCUGAAGCUAAUGUUUGUCCUAAAGAAUACAUUAAUGUUUCUGCAAUUCAGACAGCUGAUUAUCCUAAAGAGUACAAAGAUAUUUUGAAAUACGUUACCGAGAAGGGUGCUGUGGGUAUUGAAACGACUGAAGCCAAAUUUAUUCAAGAGAUUGUAGUUCACGAUCAAGAAGAUACAUUAGAACAGGUUGCUAAACCAGACGUACAGUAUACGCAAUUUAGUUUGAAUGAGAUUAAAAGUAUAGAAGUCAUUCAAACAACUGUAGGAGAAAAAGAAAAGGAUAUUAAGAUAAAUGAUUUACCUGAAAGUCAGGUAGGUAAAGAAGUGCUCAUGGAACCGGUUAUUUCCUUUGAAACAAGUGAAACUCUUGCAAUAGAUAAUGUGGCACCUAUAACUAGAGAUGAAUUACAUCCAGAGGUUGCCAUACUAACGAGCAAUAAUCUUCAAGGAAUGACAGUGAAAGAGAUUAUUCCAAUAGAGAGUUUGAGGACAUCUGAAAAAGAUAUUCUGCCUGAGACAAAGAACGCUGAAGUUCUAUUUGAAGAAAAAGAUAGCAUACAUACGACGGAAGUCAUUGUAACUGAAAAAGAAUCGGAAUAUGUAUUAGUAUUCGAUGUUAAGGAAUCUAACGCUAUUAAAGAUAUUGCUACACAUUCAGUUGCAACUCAAGAAGAAGUAAGAACUGAAUCCCCCACUGAACAUUUCCACGUAGAUGAAAUUUUCGAAAAGAAUAUUAUUCCAUCGCAGAUACCUUUAAAAAGUAUAACAGUUACCGUUCAACAGUUAGUCGACAAAGAAGAUAGUUAUAUCGAAGAUAUUAAACCAAGUCAAAAAGUAGCUAAUGUGGAACUGACGGAAUCUAUAACUGGAGCAACUAUAUAUGAAAUUGUACCAAGUGACUGUGAACAGUUAAGUAUCGAAGAAGCUCUCAAACUACAAAAAGCUCAAGCUAAUUUAGAUGUAACAGCUCACACCAUAGCUCUUCAUUCGGAAACAAUUAUAGAACAAAGUACUGUUGACUUAUCCAGUGACAAGCCAAACAUGAGUAUAGCUUUACCACGUCACGAAACUUUUGAGGAGUUAGUUAUAACUGAAACAAAUAUAGCUGAAACGGAGAAGAUCAAAGAUGAUGAUGUGAGACCAAAAGCACAACAAGCUGAUAUGGAAAUUAUUGUAUCAGAAAACAUCAGUAUAAACGAACAAACAACGGUUCUCGCUAAGGAAGGUAAUUUUCAAAAGGAGGAUUUACCAGCUACACAAAAAGUUGUUACUGGUAUUACAAAAGGCUACGAAUUACCUCAAACUGAAGAAACUAUCGUUGCCAAUAGUCUUGAUAUGUUUGAAAGGAUAAUGGAGAAAACUGAAAAAGCUAAACUAGAUCAUAGUAGUCUUGAUAUUGCACAAAAAUCCGAAGUUAUUGUAUCAGAAUUGGAAGCCCCGCUAGUAGAAGAUACCAAACCUGAAAGUAAACAAAGUACUUUGGCUUUUGAAGAAGAAAAAAGCGUAGAAGUAACUAUUACAAAUCCUGAAGAAAAAGAAGAUUCUUUUACUGAAAAGUUGAUACCUCAUCCAAGUGAAGCCUCAGUAGAUUACGAUAUACAAAAGGUUGCAUCGACAUUUGAAAUUGUUAGUGAUGUGGGCUUAGGAGAUUUAGAAAUAGAAAGCAUUAUUAACAUUGAACCAAAAAGUUCUUUGUUACCUUAUCAAUCGACCCAAAUUGAAGAAACGAUGACGCAAGACAAAGAGGCACCUAUGUCUGAUAUGGUAAUCGUAGACAAAAAAGCUGAUGUUUCCUUUGAGAUCAGUGAAUCUAUGAUUAUAUCAUCCAUCAAUAUUGGUGAAAAAGAAAGUAUAUUAGAGGAGAGUGAACAAAUAGAAACAAAAUUAGCAUCUACUAGUUAUCCAACACAUGUAAUAGCCGAGACAGCAGAAGUUACACUAGAUAAUAGUUUAGCUCUUCUAGAAUCUAAAAAAUCUACAACAGUUUCUGCGCAAAGUAAACAUGUGCCUUUUCAUAGUUUUAUCACGUCUCAAGUAUCUCCAGCGGAUUCCGAGACUAUUCUUGAUGUUUUCGUAAUGCCUGAUGAAAAGAAACCAGACGUUAUAUUUGAAGAAGGUAUCAGCUUAGAAAUUACAGAAACUAUACUUUCAGAUAAAGAACAGAAAUAUGAAGAACCCAGUAAACUACCAUUACAAAUAGCAAAUAGUUCUUAUGAUAGUCACAGAGUAGCUCAAUCAUUAGAAGUAAUACCUGAAAGUGUGACAGGCGAUGUGGAUCAUAAAAUUGCUAAUUCGAUUUCAGCUACUGAACUACAUAUGUUGUAUGAAAGUCUUAUUCAGGAGGAAACAGUUCCAUCGGAUAAAGAAAAAGAAUUUAAGGAUAAGUUGAUAUUGACAGAGAACACAGCUACAAUUCAAAUCGACGAAUGUAUCGGUGUUUCUGCUAUAACUGAAGUAACUACUCAAGAUAAAGAAGUCCCAUUGAGCAGCUUUGAAAAGCCAACAGAAAAAACUGCUUUGAUCGAUUUUACUGGUCAUAAAGUUGCUGAAAAACUAGAAAUAACUGCAAAUAUUUUAUCCGAAGAGUUGAAAUAUGAACAACCAAGUCUCACUUCUGCACAUAAAAGUACAUUAACGUUUGAAGCUCCUGUGAAAGAGGAAGUACAAGUAAACGAAAGUGAAAAUAUUUUAACAAAAGACACACUACCAAACCAAUUAAUUGCUGAAUCUGAAUUCAUAGAGGAACAAAGUUUAAUAGUAUCUUCAAUAACUUUGGUCGACAAAGAAUCAGAAUAUAAAAUAGAUACUUUACCACAGACAAAAACGGCAUACAAAGAAUUCAGCUCCGAUCAUAUUCUUCCUCAAAUAACUGAACAAAUAAUAAACCAAUCCAUCGGUGAGCUGGAGCAGACAGAAGAUUUACCUAUACAAAAAGCUUCAACCGAUAUUAUUCUACAACAAAAUUCUAUAGAAACAACUUUGGUUGAAUCACAAGUAGAUAUGCCUGUUAAAAAAGCUGAAGAUUUAGACACUGUAAGUGCUAACAUAAAACAAGAUACGCAAGAAUGUUUAAUCAUAACUGAAAAUAUCAUAGAGGAAAAAGAAAAUAUUACAGAGAAACCACUAAAGCCAACUUUACAACAAGCUAUAAUAGAUUUACAAAACUUACAAUCAAUUGAAGUAUCAGAAAUAACGCCACAAGAUAAAGAAGAUACAUUUAUAUCUAAACAAUUAUCCAAACAAACAGGUAUUACAGAUUUUAUUGAAUCAAUUCCAUUGUCUGUAGUAGAAAUUAUGCCUCAUGAAACAGAGACAGUUUUGACAAAUUUGGACAAACCACUGAUCUCAACUGCAGAGGACAAAACGUUAAUAAUAGGACAUCAAGUGGCUGAGACGACAAUUAUUUUAACUACAGUUAAUGCUGAUGAGUUGAAAAAAGACAAAUUCCCUCAAGAACAAGCUAUCCUGCCCAAGUCGGAUAGGUCAUCUGCAUUAACGAUAACCGAAACCGUUGCAAACGAAGUUGAAAGUAACUUUGUUAAAGAAGAUAUAGUAACAAGAUUGGCAAAAAUAGAUGUAACUGGACAAGAUAUAGCGGAAGUUUCAGAAAUACAAACAAUGUUUUCAUCAAGUGAAUUAAUGCAACCUUUAAAACCACAAGGUCAGAUUGGUCGGCAAAAUGUUGAAGAAAUUGUUCCUCUCGAUAUUUGCGAAACUAUUAUUACAGAGCAGGAAAACGAUUUUACAAGUUCUGAUGCACCCCAUGAACAAAAGGCUAAAACAGCCAUUCUUGGACAAGAAGUAGCUCAAAUUGACGAGGUAUUACCAUUCGUCCAUGCCAAUGAAAUAGAUACAAAAUUAAUUUCAGAAAGUGCUGUCGGACAAGAGAAAAUUGAUGUAAUUCAAUCUAUAGUUGUAUCUGAAGCGAUCUUACAUGAGAAAGAAGAAUCAUUGCAUAGUGAGGCGAUUCCUCAAGAAACAGAAGCUAAUACAAAAAUUUUGAGCAGAGAAAUAGCCGAAAUUACAGAAAUAUUAACAAAUGUAAAUAUUGGAGAACUUACAGAUUUCAAAUUACCAAAAACACAAAUGGGAAAAUCAAGUAUAGAUACAUUUGAAUCAGCUAUAUCAUUCCAAACAACACCCAGCGAUGUGGAGAAAAGUUUUGUUUCUGAAAGAGUUCCAGAAACAUCUAUCGCUGAAAUAAAAAUUAUAAAAAAUAAUGCGAUUGAGUCUCUUGAAAUUAAUACAUCAACUCAUGCAGAAGCAUUUCAAGAAGAAGUACUUCCUAAAGAAAUAAAAGGCCUUCAAGAAUUUGAAAUUUCAACUUCGUUAAUCGUAUCUCAAGCAUUGACGAAUGAAUCAGAAAGUGAUUUCAUAACAAGCUCGCAGAAAACCGAACAAAAAGCGAUUUCACAAUUUGAUGGAAGAAAUGUUGCCGAAUUAUCGGAAACAACACUGUUAUUAAAUAUUGGCGAAUUUAAGAAGGAAAAAUUGCCUAGUGAAGCAAUAAGCAAACAAUAUAUCGAAGGUUUGCCAUUAGCAGCUACGCUACAAGCGAUUUAUAAUGAAUCGGAAAUAGACAUGCCUGAUGAAAUCAAACCCAUCGAAAAGAACGCAGUUACCGAUAUAAGUGGUCACCACAUUGCCGAAGUAAUUCAAACAACAUCGUUAAAUAGUAUUAAUAUAUUACAACCCGAGAAAAUCAAAGAACAAAAAAGUAACUUGCAAUUGAAUACAUUGAGUACAAUAGUUGUAUCUGAGACCAUACACAAUGAAUCAGAAGGAUUGAUCGUUGAAGAAAAGAAACCUCAAACUACAACUGCUCAAUUUACAAUAUUGCAGAAAGAAGCAGCUGAAGCAUCUGAAACUAUUGCACUAUCUACAACAAGUACAUUAAAUGAGCAUAAUCUACCAGAGUCACAAGAAGCAUUGUUUAAUAUGGACCAAAUGACUCCAUUGAGUGUGAUUCAAAUUGUUCCUGAUGAAUCUGGUUACGAUUUGUCGAUCAAUGCAACCCCAGAAAAUUUUUCAGCUAUUGAAACUUUAAAAAGUAAUGAAACACUUCAAACGACAGAAAUAGUAGCUAUUUCCGGCGUAGAAGAAUUAUCCAAUGAAUCUUUACCAGAAGAACAAGUAAGUAAAGAGAAACGCGAGGAACUCGUACCACUUUUCAUUUCACAAAUUCAAACUAGCGAAGAAAGUCAAUUAAUGUCAGAAAAAAUACUGCCCAUGGAACUAAAAGCCCUAGUGAAUAUAACUAGCAGAGAAAUAGUAGAAACUUCUGAAAUACAACCGAUAGCAAGUAUUGCAGAUUUUGACAAAAUUACCGAUAUUGAAAAACAUUACGGAAAAACGAAAUUAGAUAUUUUAACACCUUUGAGCGUUUCUCAAACUGUACCUGCAGAUAAUGAAGAUUCCUUUACUACACAAAUAGCACAAGAGCAAAACUUGACUAACUUGAGCAUCAUCAGUAAAACAGUUAUGAAAAUUUCUGAAAAUGUUUCGCUAUCAAGCCUCGAAAUCAUGAAAGAAAACAUCGUACCCGAUUCAUAUAUCGGAGAAACUCAAUUUAAUACAUUUUUACCAUUGACUGUAUCAUCAACAAUAUUAAAUGAAAAAGUAACAAACUUAUUGGACCAAGAAUUACCAUCUGAAAAAUCAGCAAAAAUAGAUUUGUCUGGCCGUGAAGUUGCACAGAUUGAAGAAAUCAUUCCAUCAACUACAACAGAAGACUUUAUUGCUUCUACUGUACCGACAGAUAAAGAAACUAGUCAUCUCAUGCAAGAGUCAUUGACAUCUGCAACGGUAAUUGAAACAUUAACUAUCGAAAAAGAAAGCACGUUUACAAAAUCAAAAGAAUUAUUAGAGGAGAAAGCAGAUAGUAGUGUUAUUGGCCAUAUUGUAGCUUCAACCACAGAAGUAACUACUGAGUCAACUGCUGAACUUCUUUCAGAAGAAAUAACUCCUAUGGGACAAAAUGUAACUGAGAAUUUAGAUGUGCUUCAACAUUUGAUUAAUACGCAAACCUUAAUCAAUGAAGAAGGAAUAUUUUUGGAAAACAUAGAUCUUCCUUCGGGAAAAGUAGCCUCAGUAAAUUUAGAAGGUGUUGAACAAAAAACCGCCGAAGUUAUAGAGAUAGUAACAGCUUCAAAUGUAAAAGAGAUCACAGAGACAGAUAAAAUAUUGAAAAAACAGGCUGUAACAGAAAUAGAUGAACUCCAAUCUUUAAUGAUCACCCAAACCCAAUUUACCGAAAAUGAAAGCACUUUUACAAACGAUGAAAAACCUGUAACAAAAGAGAUAGAAAAAUCUAUACUUGGCAUAGAUGUUGCUGAAACAGUAGAAAUAACUACUGGUGAGACUGUAAAUAUUUAUUCUGUACCUACCUUACCACAGGAGUAUCAAAGUACGCCUCAAUUUGAAGAAUCAGAAUCUAUUAAAGUAUAUGAAACGUUCUUGAACGAAAAGGAACAAGAUUUAAAUGAAUUGCAAAAAACUGAAACUCAAUCAGCAAUAUCUAAAUUAUUAUCUAAUGAUGUUAUAGAAACAACUGAAAUAGUUACUGCGUCUGAAGUUUCAGAGUACAAAUCAGAUUACAUUGCAAUUGAUCAAACAUCCACAUCCAGUAUCAAUGUUUUGUCUUCAGCAUUGACUUCGGAAACUCUAAUUUCUGAAAAAGAAAAGGACUUUAACGUGCAAGUAGCUGAGGAUAAAAAAGUAAAUCAAAUUUUUUCUGAAAAAGAGGUACCUCAAAUAUACCAAACAACACCAGUAAUUUGCGAAAGCGCAUUAGAGAUACCGAAAUUACCAUCACAAUAUACUGGAAUCAUGAAAUUAGGAGAAAAUGUACCAAUCACUAUAACUGAAGUUAUAUCAGAUGAAACAGAACAAUCUUUAUUCAACGCCGAAGAUAUUAAAACUAAGACAGCAAGUCCUAACUUAGAAAGUAGAGAAAUAGCAGAAACUUCUGAAAUAGUAACUGGUUCAACUAUAACGACUCUUGAUGAACAAACAACUCUCGAAAAGGAAAAUGUGGAUGUGAAUAUUCACGACUUUUUACCUUUGUCAACAACAUCCAUCGUGUUACCACAAGAAUUGGAAGCGGCGUUCGAUGCAGCUGAAAUACCAGUCUCUAGAAAAGCCUCCCUUAAUAUUAAAGACAUUGAAGCAGCCGAAGUUUUUGAAGUUUUACAAAUUUCUAAUACAACUGACAUCAUCAUAGAAGAGCAGCAAGAUGUCAUCAAAACUAUUCCUCAAAUAGAUGAACUUAAAGCUAUUAAAGUUUCGGAGGUUUUAUCUGCAGAAUCAGAAGCUGCAUUACUAAUCUCUCAAACACCAAGUAGUCAAAAAGCAGAAUCAAGGAUAAGUAGUACUGAAGCUAUACAAACUGAAGAAGUAGUAAUAUCUACAGAUAUUGAUAAAUUAAAUUUGAUGUUACCUCAAGUUAAGAAAGGAGAAUUGCAGUUGAUUGAAAUGAACUCAGUAAUAGUUUCACAAUCAAUUCUAAAUGAUACUGAAAUUGAUUUUGAACAAACUUACGAGGCAAAAGAGGAAAUUGCUACACCAAAUGUUUUUGGAAGAGAUAUAGUUGAAACUUCGCAAAUGAUUCCACUAAGUAGUGCUGAAUUAUUUAAUCAACAAGAAAUACCAGAGAUGAAAACUGGAAAUGUUAAUAUAAAUGAAUUGAAAUAUUUAACAAUCUCAGAAAUCAGUACGCAUGAAAAAGAAAAGAAUUUGCCAGAAAACCAAAUAGUCAAAGAAGAAUCAACUGAACAAAAUAUUCAAGAAAUGAAUUUUGUAAUCUCGUCACAAAUAAUUUCAAAUGAAAAGGAAAUCAUUUUCAAUGCACCACAAAAAACAACUGAAGAAAAAGCUAUAUCUGAAAUUUCAGCCAUCAAUGUUCCAGAAAACUUGGAAAUUAUUAUAUUAGGAGAUACAAAAUCUCUAGAAAAUAUAGAAUUUGAGGAAAAGAAAGUAGAGGUCUCAUUUAAAGAAUUGGAAGGUCUACAAGUCACACAAAUUACCACAAGUGAAAAUAAACUUAAAGACGUAGAAAUAAAAAGCGAUAAAGAAGUUACAGCACACGUUGGAGUCAUAAAAACACAAGUAGCACUAAAAUAUGAAACACAACCUGAAGCCACUGUAACAGACUUUACAUCGAGUGAAAUUACAAGUCAAAUUGCUCACGAAGUAAAAGACAUACAACACAGCAUUUUAGUAUCUGAACAAAACUUAGGAGAAACUCAAAUAAACACUUUUGAAAAUACUCAACCUACCGAAAAAACAGCAGAUAUCACAAUUGAAAAGGAUCAUUUACAUCGCAUAGAAACAACAGAAGCAUCAGUUCAACAACACGACAGAACAAAAACACAAAACAAAAAACUACAGAUACAAUCACCUAUGAGAAAACAAUUCAGUGUAGAAUCUGAUUCAGAAGUAACCGAAGAAUACACAACGAAAUUUAGAAGAGAUAGUAACGACGAAAAUACAACGAUAAAAACAAGAAAAACAAUAAUCAAAAAGAAAAAACCAUCAUCAGUUGAUGAAGGAGUAGUGGUAAUUGAAGAAGAAAUUGAAAAUAUAAAAUCAACAUUACCGUCAAUACCAAAAAAACAAUUUAUCGACAUUGAAGAAAUCACCGACGCAAUAGACAUUGAAGAAAUUUCUCCCACUAUCAUACAAGAAGUUGAAGAUAAUAAUGAAAGCACGGAAAGUGAAGAGGUUCGCGAACAAGUCACAGUGGUUGUUGAAGAUACUCCUAAAGGAAAAAUUAAGAAGACCAGGAAAGUCAUCACGACCAAAAAAGGCGACAAACAGAAACAGAAGGAGAUCGUGACCAUCGAAGAGGACGGAAAGGCUCCUGUAACGACUAUACACGAAGCUCCAGAGGAAACAAUAUUGACAGAUGAAACAACUGGUAUCCUGCCAGAUGUAGAAUAUGCUACCGGCACGGAAAGUGAAGAGGUUCGCGAACAAGUCACAGUGGUCGUUGAAGAUACUCCUAAAGGAAAGCGUAAGAAGACCAGGAAAGUCAUCACGACCAAAAAGGGCGAUAAACAGAAACAGAAGGAGAUCGUGACCAUCGAGGAGGACGGAAAGGCUCCUGUAACGACUAUACACGAAGCUCCAGAGGAAACAAUAUUGACAGAUGAAACAACUGGUAUUCUUCCAGAAAUAGAAUAUGCAACGCCCACUGAAAGUGAAGAGGUUCGCGAACAAGUCACAGUGGUGAUUGAAGAUACUCCUAAAGGAAAGCGUAAGAAGACCAGGAAAGUCAUCACGACCAAAAAGGGCGAUAAACAGAAACAGAAGGAGAUCGUGACCAUCGAGGAGGACGGAAAGGCUCCUGUAACGACUAUACACGAAGCUCCAGAGGAAACAAUAUUGACAGAUGAAACAACUGGUAUUCUUCCAGAAAUAGAAUAUGCAACGCCCACUGAAAGUGAAGAGGUUCGCGAACAAGUCACAGUGGUGAUUGAAGAUACUCCUAAAGGCAAACUUAAGAAGACCAGGAAAGUCAUCACGACCAAAAAGGGCGAUAAACAGAAACAGAAGGAGAUCGUGACCAUCGAGGAGGACGGAAAGUCUCCUGUAACGACUAUACAUGAAGCUCCAGAGGAAACAAUAUUAACAGAUGAAACAACUGGUAUUCUUCCAGAAAUAGAAUAUGCAACGCCCACUGAAAGUGAAGAGGUUCGCGAACAAGUCACAGUGGUGAUUGAAGAUACUCCUAAAGGCAAACUUAAGAAGACCAGGAAAGUCAUCACGACCAAAAAGGGCGAUAAACAGAAACAGAAGGAGAUCGUGACCAUCGAGGAGGACGGAAAGGCUCCUGUAACGACUAUACACGAAGCUCCAGAGGAAACAAUAUUGACAGAUGAAACAACUGGUAUCCUGCCAGAUGUAGAAUAUGCUACCGGCACGGAAAGUGAAGAGGUUCGCGAACAAGUCACAGUGGUCGUUGAAGAUACUCCUAAAGGAAAGCGUAAGAAGACCAGGAAAGUCAUAACGACCAAAAAGGGCGACAAACAGAAACAGAAGGAGAUCGUGACCAUCGAGGAGGACGGAAAGGCUCCUGUAACGACUAUACAUGAAGCUCCAGAGGAAACAAUAUUGACAGAUGAAACAACUGGUAUUCUUCCAGAAAUAGAAUAUGCAACGCCCACUGAAAGUGAAGAGGUUCGCGAACAAGUCACAGUGGUGAUUGAAGAUACUCCUAAAGGCAAACUUAAGAAGACCAGGAAAGUCAUCACGACCAAAAAGGGCGACAAACAGAAACAGAAGGAGAUCGUGACCAUCGAGGAGGACGGAAAGGCUCCUGUAACGACUAUACAUGAAGCUCCAGAGGAAACAAUAUUGACAGAUGAAACAACUGAUAUUCUUCCAGAAAUAGAAUAUUCAACGCCCACUGAAAGUGAAGAGGUUCGCGAACAAGUCACAGUGGUGAUUGAAGAUACUCCUAAAGGCAAACUUAAGAAGACCAGGAAAGUCAUCACGACCAAAAAGGGCGAUAAACAGAAACAGAAGGAGAUCGUGACCAUCGAGGAGGACGGAAAGGCUCCUGUAACGACUAUACAUGAAGCUCCAGAGGAAACAAUAUUGACAGAUGAAACAACUGGUAUUCUUCCAGAAAUAGAAUAUGCAACGCCCACUGAAAGUGAAGAGGUUCGCGAACAAGUCACAGUGGUGAUUGAAGAUACUCCUAAAGGCAAACUUAAGAAGACCAGGAAAGUCAUCACGACCAAAAAGGACAAUAAACAGAAACAGAAGGAGAUCGUGACCAUCGAGGAGGACGGAAAGGCUCCUGUAACGACUAUACAUGAAGCUCCAGAGGAAACAAUAUUAACAGAUGAAACAACUGGUAUUCUUCCAGAAAUAGAAUAUGCUACAGGCACGGAAAGUGAAGAGGUUCGCGAACAAGUCACAGUGGUCGUUGAAGAUACUCCUAAAGGCAAACUUAAGAAGACCAGGAAAGUCAUAACGACCAAAAAGGGCGAUAAACAGAAACAGAAGGAGAUCGUGACCAUCGAGGAGGACGGAAAGGCUCCUGUAACGACUAUACAUGAAGCUCCAGAGGAAACAAUAUUGACAGAUGAAACAACUGGUAUCCUGCAAGAUGUAGAAUAUGCUACCGGCACGGAAAGUGAAGAGGUUCGCGAACAAGUCACAGUGGUCGUUGAAUAUACUCCUAAAAGAAAACUUAAGAAGACCAGGAAAGUCAUCACGACCAAAAAGGGCGAUAAACAGAAACAGAAGGAGAUCGUGACCAUCGAGGAGGACGGAAAGGCUCCUGUAACGACUAUACACGAAGCUCCAGAGGAAACAAUAUUGACAGAUGAAACAACUGGUAUCCUGCCAGAUGUAGAAUAUGCUACCGGCACGGAAAGUGAAGAGGUUCGCGAACAAGUCACAGUGGUCGUUGAAGAUACUCCUAAAGGAAAGCGUAAGAAGACCAGGAAAGUCAUAACGACCAAAAAGGGCGACAAACAGAAACAGAAGGAGAUCGUGACCAUCGAGGAAGACGGAAAGGCUCCUGUAACGACUAUACAUGAAGCUCCAGAGGAAACAAUAUUGACAGAUGAAACAACUGGUAUUCUUCCAGAAAUAGAAUAUGCAACGCCCACUGAAAGUGAAGAGGUUCGCGAACAAGUCACAGUGGUGAUUGAAGAUACUCCUAAAGGAAAGCGUAAGAAGACCAGGAAAGUCAUAACGACCAAAAAGGGCGACAAACAGAAACAGAAGGAGAUCGUGACCAUCGAGGAGGACGGAAAGGCUCCUGUAACGACUAUACAUGAAGCUCCAGAGGAAACAAUAUUGACAGAUGAAACAACUGGUAUUCUUCCAGAAAUAGAAUAUGCAACGCCCACUGAAAGUGAAGAGGUUCGCGAACAAGUCACAGUGGUGAUUGAAGAUACUCCUAAAGGCAAACUUAAGAAGACCAGGAAAGUCAUCACGACCAAAAAGGGCGACAAACAGAAACAGAAGGAGAUCGUGACCAUCGAGGAGGACGGAAAGGCUCCUGUAACGACUAUACAUGAAGCUCCAGAGGAAACAAUAUUGACAGAUGAAACAACUGGUAUUCUUCCAGAAAUAGAAUAUGCAACGCCCACUGAAAGUGAAGAGGUUCGCGAACAAGUCACAGUGGUGAUUGAAGAUACUCCUAAAGGCAAACUUAAGAAGACCAGGAAAGUCAUCACGACCAAAAAGGACGAUAAACAGAAACAGAAGGAGAUCGUGACCAUCGAGGAGGACGGAAAGGCUCCUGUAACGACUAUACAUGAAGCUCCAGAGGAAACAAUAUUAACAGAUGAAACAACUGGUAUUCUUCCAGAAAUAGAAUAUGCUACAGGCACGGAAAGUGAAGAGGUUCGCGAACAAGUCACAGUGGUCGUUGAAGAUACUCAUAAAGGCAAACUUAAGAAGACCAGGAAAGUCAUAACGACCAAAAAGGGCGAUAAACAGAAACAGAAGGAGAUCGUGACCAUCGAGGAGGACGGAAAGGCUCCUGUAACGACUAUACAUGAAGCUCAAGAGGAAACAAUAUUGACAGAUGAAACAACUGGUAUCCUGCCAGAUGUAGAAUAUGCUACCGGCACGGAAAGUGAAGAGGUUCGCGAACAAGUCACAGUGGUCGUUGAAGAUACUCCUAAAGGAAAGCGUAAGAAGACCAGGAAAGUCAUAACGACCAAAAAGGGCGACAAACAGAAACAGAAGGAGAUCGUGACCAUCGAGGAAGACGGAAAGGCUCCUGUAACGACUAUACAUGAAGCUCCAGAGGAAACAAUAUUGACAGAUGAAACAACUGGUAUUCUUCCAGAAAUAGAAUAUGCAACGCCCACUGAAAGUGAAGAGGUUCGCGAACAAGUCACAGUGGUGAUUGAAGAUACUCCUAAAGGCAAACUUAAGAAGACCAGGAAAGUCAUCACGACCAAAAAGGGCGACAAACAGAAACAGAAGGAGAUCGUGACCAUCGAGGAGGACGGAAAGGCUCCUGUAACGACUAUACAUGAAGCUCCAGAGGAAACAAUAUUGACAGAUGAAACAACUGGUAUUCUUCCAGAAAUAGAAUAUUCAACGCCCACUGAAAGUGAAGAGGUUCGCGAACAAGUCACAGUGGUGAUUGAAGAUACUCCUAAAGGCAAACUUAAGAAGACCAGGAAAGUCAUCACGACCAAAAAGGGCGAUAAACAGAAACAGAAGGAGAUCGUGACCAUCGAGGAGGACGGAAAGGCUCCUGUAACGACUAUACAUGAAGCUCCAGAGGAAACAAUAUUGACAGAUGAAACAACUGGUAUUCUUCCAGAAAUAGAAUAUGCAACGCCCACUGAAAGUGAAGAGGUUCGCGAACAAGUCACAGUGGUGAUUGAAGAUACUCCUAAAGGCAAACUUAAGAAGACCAGGAAAGUCAUCACGACCAAAAAGGGCGACAAACAGAAACAGAAGGAGAUCGUGACCAUCGAGGAGGACGGAAAGGCUCCUGUAACGACUAUACAUGAAGCUCCAGAGGAAACAAUAUUGACAGAUGAAACAACUGGUAUUCUUCCAGAAAUAGAAUAUGCAACGCCCACUGAAAGUGAAGAGGUUCGCGAACAAGUCACAGUGGUGAUUGAAGAUACUCCUAAAGGCAAACUUAAGAAGACCAGGAAAGUCAUCACGACCAAAAAGGACGAUAAACAGAAACAGAAGGAGAUCGUGACCAUCGAGGAGGACGGAAAGGCUCCUGUAACGACUAUACAUGAAGCUCCAGAGGAAACAAUAUUAACAGAUGAAACAACUGGUAUUCUUCCAGAAAUAGAAUAUGCUACAGGCACGGAAAGUGAAGAGGUUCGCGAACAAGUCACAGUGGUCGUUGAAGAUACUCAUAAAGGCAAACUUAAGAAGACCAGGAAAGUCAUAACGACCAAAAAGGGCGAUAAACAGAAACAGAAGGAGAUCGUGACCAUCGAGGAGGACGGAAAGGCUCCUGUAACGACUAUACAUGAAGCUCAAGAGGAAACAAUAUUGACAGAUGAAACAACUGGUAUCCUGCCAGAUGUAGAAUAUGCUACCGGCACGGAAAGUGAAGAGGUUCGCGAACAAGUCACAGUGGUCGUUGAAGAUACUCCUAAAGGAAAGCGUAAGAAGACCAGGAAAGUCAUAACGACCAAAAAGGGCGACAAACAGAAACAGAAGGAGAUCGUGACCAUCGAGGAAGACGGAAAGGCUCCUGUAACGACUAUACAUGAAGCUCCAGAGGAAACAAUAUUGACAGAUGAAACAACUGGUAUUCUUCCAGAAAUAGAAUAUGCAACGCCCACUGAAAGUGAAGAGGUUCGCGAACAAGUCACAGUGGUGAUUGAAGAUACUCCUAAAGGCAAACUUAAGAAGACCAGGAAAGUCAUCACGACCAAAAAGGGCGACAAACAGAAACAGAAGGAGAUCGUGACCAUCGAGGAGGACGGAAAGGCUCCUGUAACGACUAUACAUGAAGCUCCAGAGGAAACAAUAUUGACAGAUGAAACAACUGGUAUUCUUCCAGAAAUAGAAUAUUCAACGCCCACUGAAAGUGAAGAGGUUCGCGAACAAGUCACAGUGGUGAUUGAAGAUACUCCUAAAGGCAAACUUAAGAAGACCAGGAAAGUCAUCACGACCAAAAAGGGCGAUAAACAGAAACAGAAGGAGAUCGUGACCAUCGAGGAGGACGGAAAGGCUCCUGUAACGACUAUACAUGAAGCUCCAGAGGAAACAAUAUUGACAGAUGAAACAACUGGUAUUCUUCCAGAAAUAGAAUAUGCAACGCCCACUGAAAGUGAAGAGGUUCGCGAACAAGUCACAGUGGUGAUUGAAGAUACUCCUAAAGGCAAACUUAAGAAGACCAGGAAAGUCAUCACGACCAAAAAGGGCGACAAACAGAAACAGAAGGAGAUCGUGACCGUCGAGGAGGACGGAAAGGCUCCUGUAACGACUAUACGCGAAGCUCCAGAGGAAACAAUAUUGACAGAUGAAACAACUGGUAUUCUCCCAGAAAUAGAAUAUGCAACGCCCACUGAAAGUGAAGAGGUUCGCGAACAAGUCACCGUGGUGAUUGAAGAUACUCCUAAAGGAAAACUUAAGAAGACCAGGAAAGUCAUCACGACCAAAAAGGGCGAUAAACAGAAACAGAAGGAGAUCGUGACCAUCGAGGAGGACGGAAAGGCUCCUGUAACGACUAUACACGAAGCUCCAGAGGAAACAAUAUUGACAGAUGAAACAACUGGUAUCCUGCCAGAUGUAGAAUAUGCUACCGGCACGGAAAGUGAAGAGCUUCGCGAACAAGUCACAGUGGUCGUUGAAGAUACUCCUAAAGGAAAGCGUAAGAAGACCAGGAAAGACAUAACGACCAAAAAGGGCGACAAACAGAAACAGAAGGAGAUCGUGACCAUCGAGGAGGACGGAAAGGCUCCUGUAACGACUAUACAUGAAGCACCAGAGGAAACAAUAUUGACAGAUGAAUCAACUGGUAUUCUUCCAGAAAUAGAAUAUGCAACGCCCACUGAAAGUGAAGAGGUUCGCGAACAAGUCACCGUGGUGAUUGAAGAUACUCCUAAAGGAAAACUUAAGAAGACCAGGAAAGUCAUCACGACCAAAAAGGGCGACAAACAGAAACAGAAGGAGAUCGUGACCGUCGAGGAGGACGGAAAGGCUCCUGUAACGACUAUACACGAAGCUCCAGAGGAAACAAUAUUGACAGAUGAAACAACUGGUAUCCUGCCAGAUGUAGAAUAUGCUACCGGCACGGAAAGUGAAGAGGUUCGCGAACAAGUCACAGUGGUCGUUGAAGAUACUCCUAAAGGAAAGCGUAAGAAGACCAGGAAAGUCAUAACGACCAAAAAGGGCGACAAACAGAAACAGAAGGAGAUCGUGACCAUCGAGGAGGACGGAAAGGCUCCUGUAACGACUAUACAUGAAGCACCAGAGGAAACAAUAUUGACAGAUGAAUCAACUGGUAUUCUUCCAGAAAUAGAAUAUGCAACGCCCACUGAAAGUGAAGAGGUUCGCGAACAAGUCACAGUGGUGAUUGAAGAUACUCCUAAAGGAAAACUUAAGAAGACCAGGAAAGUCAUCACGACCAAAAAGGGCGACAAACAGAAACAGAAGGAGAUCGUGACCGUCGAGGAGGACGGAAAGGCUCCUGUAACGACUAUACACGAAGCUCCAGAGGAAACAAUAUUGACAGAUGAAACAACUGGUAUCCUGCCAGAUGUAGAAUAUGCUACCGGCACGGAAAGUGAAGAGGUUCGCGAACAAGUCACAGUGGUGAUUGAAGAUACUCCUAAAGGAAAACUUAAGAAGACCAGGAAAGUCAUCACGACCAAAAAGGGCGACAAACAGAAACAGAAGGAGAUCGUGACGAUCGAGGAGGACGGAAAGGCUCCUGUAACGACUAUACAUGAAGCUCCAGAGGAAACAAUAUUGACAGAUGAAACAACUGGUAUUCUUCCAGAAAUAGAAUAUGCAACGCCCACUGAAAGUGAAGAGGUUCGCGAACAAGUCACAGUGGUGAUUGAAGAUACUCCUAAAGGAAAGCGUAAGAAGACCAGGAAAGUCAUAACGACCAAAAAGGGCGACAAACAGAAACAGAAGGAGAUCGUGACCAUCGAAGAGGACGGAAAGGCUCCUGUAACGACUAUACACGAAGCUCCAGAGGAAACAAUAUUGACAGAUGAAACAACUGGUAUCAUGCCAGAUGUAGAAUAUGCUACCGGCACGGAAAGUGAAGAGCUUCGCGAACAAGUCACAGUGGUCGUUGAAGAUACUCCUAAAGGAAAGCGUAAGAAGACCAGGAAAGUCAUAACGACCAAAAAGGGCGACAAACAGAAACAGAAGGAGAUCGUGACCAUCGAGGAGGACGGAAAGGCUCCUGUAACGACUAUACAUGAAGCUCCAGAGGAAACAAUAUUGACAGAUGAAACAACUGGUAUUCUUCCAGAAAUAGAAUAUGCUACAGGCACGGAAAGUGAAGAGGUUCGUGAACAAGUCACAGUGGUCGUUGAAGAUACUCCUAAAGGAAAGCGUAAGAAGACCAGGAAAGUCAUCACGACCAAAAAGGGCGACAAACAGAAACAGAAGGAGAUCGUGACCAUCGAAGAGGACGGAAAGGCUCCUGUAACGACUAUACAUGAAGCUCCAGAGGAAACAAUAUUGACAGAUGAAACAACUGGUAUUCUUCCAGAAAUAGAAUAUGCUACAGGCACGGAAAGUGAAGAGGUUCGUGAACAAGUCACAGUGGUGAUUGAAGAUACUCCUAAAGGCAAACUUAAGAAGACCAGGAAAGUCAUCACGACCAAAAAGGGCGAUAAACAGAAACAGAAGGAGAUUGUGACCAUCGAGGAGGACGGAAAGGCUCCUGUAACGACUAUACAUGAAGCUCCAGAGGAAACAAUAUUGACAGAUGAAACAACUGGUAUUCUUCCAGAAAUAGAAUAUGCUACAGGCACGGAAAGUGAAGAGGUUCGUGAACAAGUCACAGUGGUGAUUGAAGAUACUCCUAAAGGCAAACUUAAGAAGACCAGGAAAGUCAUCACGACCAAAAAGGGCGACAAACAGAAACAGAAGGAGAUCGUGACCGUCGAGGAGGACGGAAAGGCUCCUGUAACGACUAUACACGAAGCUCCAGAGGAAACAAUAUUGACAGAUGAAACAACUGGUAUCCUGCCAGAUGUAGAAUAUGCUACCGGCACGGAAAGUGAAGAGGUUCGCGAACAAGUCACAGUGGUGAUUGAAGAUACUCCUAAAGGAAAACUUAAGAAGACCAGGAAAGUCAUCACGACCAAAAAGGGCGACAAACAGAAACAGAAGGAGAUCGUGACGAUCGAGGAGGACGGAAAGGCUCCUGUAACGACUAUACAUGAAGCUCCAGAGGAAACAAUAUUAACAGAUGAAACAACUGGUAUUCUUCCAGAAAUAGAAUAUGCUACAGGCAAGGAAAGUGAAGAGGUUCGCGAACAAGUCACAGUGGUCGUUGAAGAUACUCCUAAAGGCAAACUUAAGAAGACCAGGAAAGUCAUAACGACCAAAAAGGGCGAUAAACAGAAACAGAAGGAGAUCGUGACCAUCGAGGAGGACGGAAGGGCUCCUGUAACGACUAUACAUGAAGCUCCAGAGGAAACAAUAUUGACAGAUGAAACAACUGGUAUUCUUCCAGAAAUAGAAUAUGCAACGCCCACUGAAAGUGAAGAGGUUCGCGAACAAGUCACAGUGGUCGUUGAAGAUACUCCUAAAGGAAAGCGUAAGAAGACCAGGAAAGUCAUCACGACCAAAAAGGGCGACAAACAGAAACAGAAGGAGAUCGUGACCAUCGAAGAGGACGGAAAGGCUCCUGUAACGACUAUACACGAAGCUCCAGAGGAAACAAUAUUGACAGAUGAAACAACUGGUAUCCUGCCAGAUGUAGAAUAUGCUACCGGCACGGAAAGUGAAGAGGUUCGCGAACAAGUCACAGUGGUCGUUGAAGAUACUCCUAAAGGAAAGCGUAAGAAGACCAGGAAAGUCAUAACGACCAAAAAGGGCGACAAACAGAAACAGAAGGAGAUCGUGACCAUCGAGGAGGCCGGAAAGGCUCCUGUAACGACUAUACAUGAAGCUCCAGAGGAAACAAUAUUGACAGAUGAAACAACUGGUAUUCUUCCAGAAAUAGAAUAUGCUACAGGCAAGGAAAGUGAAGAGGUUCGCGAACAAGUCACAGUGGUCGUUGAAUAUACUCCUAAAGGCAAACUUAAGAAGACCAGGAAAGUCAUCACGACCAAAAAGGGCGAUAAACAGAAACAGAAGGAGAUCGUGACCAUCGAGGAGGACGGAAAGUCUCCUGUAACGACUAUACAUGAAGCUCCAGAGGAAACAAUAUUAACAGAUGAAACAACUGGUAUUCUUCCAGAAAUAGAAUAUGCAACGCCCACUGAAAGUGAAGAGGUUCGCGAACAAGUCACAGUGGUGAUUGAAGAUACUCCUAAAGGCAAACUUAAGAAGACCAGGAAAGUCAUCACGACCAAAAAGGGCGAUAAACAGAAACAGAAGGAGAUCGUGACCAUCGAGGAGGACGGAAAGGCUCCUGUAACGACUAUACACGAAGCUCCAGAGGAAACAAUAUUGACAGAUGAAACAACUGGUAUCCUGCCAGAUGUAGAAUAUGCUACCGGCACGGAAAGUGAAGAGGUUCGCGAACAAGUCACAGUGGUCGUUGAAGAUACUCCUAAAGGAAAGCGUAAGAAGACCAGGAAAGUCAUAACGACCAAAAAGGGCGACAAACAGAAACAGAAGGAGAUCGUGACCAUCGAGGAGGACGGAAAGGCUCCUGUAACGACUAUACAUGAAGCUCCAGAGGAAACAAUAUUGACAGAUGAAACAACUGGUAUUCUUCCAGAAAUAGAAUAUGCAACGCCCACUGAAAGUGAAGAGGUUCGCGAACAAGUCACAGUGGUGAUUGAAGAUACUCCUAAAGGCAAACUUAAGAAGACCAGGAAAGUCAUCACGACCAAAAAGGGCGAUAAACAGAAACAGAAGGAGAUCGUGACCAUCGAGGAGGACGGAAAGGCUCCUGUAACGACUAUACAUGAAGCUCCAGAGGAAACAAUAUUGACAGAUGAAACAACUGGUAUUCUUCCAGAAAUAGAAUAUGCAACGCCCACUGAAAGUGAAGAGGUUCGCGAACAAGUCACAGUGGUGAUUGAAGAUACUCCUAAAGGCAAACUUAAGAAGACCAGGAAAGUCAUCACGAGCAAAAAGGGCGAUAAACAGAAACAGAAGGAGAUCGUGACCAUCGAGGAGGACGGAAAGGCUCCUGUAACGACUAUACAUGAAGCUCCAGAGGAAACAAUAUUAACAGAUGAAACAACUGGUAUUCUUCCAGAAAUAGAAUAUGCUACAGGCACGGAAAGUGAAGAGGUUCGCGAACAAGUCAUAGUGGUCGUUGAAGAUACUCCUAAAGGCAAACUUAAGAAGACCAGGAAAGUCAUAACGACCAAAAAGGGCGAUAAACAGAAACAGAAGGAGAUCGUGACCAUCGAGGAGGGCGGAAAGGCUCCUGUAACGACUAUACAUGAAGCUCCAGAGGAAACAAUAUUGACAGAUGAAACAACUGGUAUCCUGCCAGAUGUAGAAUAUGCUACCGGCACGGAAAGUGAAGAGGUUCGCGAACAAGUCACAGUGGUCGUUGAAUAUACUCCUAAAGGAAAACUUAAGAAGACCAGGAAAGUCAUCACGACCAAAAAGGGCGACAAACAGAAACAGAAGGAGAUCGUGACCGUCGAGGAGGACGGAAAGGCUCCUGUAACGACUAUACACGAAGCUCCAGAGGAAACAAUAUUGACAGAUGAAACAACUGGUAUUCUCCCAGAAAUAGAAUAUGCAACGCCCACUGAAAGUGAAGAGGUUCGCGAACAAGUCACCGUGGUGAUUGAAGAUACUCCUAAAGGAAAACUUAAGAAGACCAGGAAAGUCAUCACGACCAAAAAGGGCGAUAAACAGAAACAGAAGGAGAUCGUGACCAUCGAGGAGGACGGAAAGGCUCCUGUAACGACUAUACACGAAGCUCCAGAGGAAACAAUAUUGACAGAUGAAACAACUGGUAUCCUGCCAGAUGUAGAAUAUGCUACCGGCACGGAAAGUGAAGAGGUUCGCGAACAAGUCACAGUGGUCGUUGAAGAUACUCCUAAAGGAAAGCGUAAGAAGACCAGGAAAGUCAUAACGACCAAAAAGGGCGACAAACAGAAACAGAAGGAGAUCGUGACCAUCGAGGAGGACGGAAAGGCUCCUGUAACGACUAUACAUGAAGCACCAGAGGAAACAAUAUUGACAGAUGAAUCAACUGGUAUUCUUCCAGAAAUAGAAUAUGCUACAGGCACGGAAAGUGAAGAGGUUCGCGAACAAGUCAUAGUGGUCGUUGAAGAUACUCCUAAAGGCAAACUUAAGAAGACCAGGAAAGUCAUAACGACCAAAAAGGGCGAUAAACAGAAACAGAAGGAGAUCGUGACCAUCGAGGAGGGCGGAAAGGCUCCUGUAACGACUAUACAUGAAGCUCCAGAGGAAACAAUAUUGACAGAUGAAACAACUGGUAUCCUGCCAGAUGUAGAAUAUGCUACCGGCACGGAAAGUGAAGAGGUUCGCGAACAAGUCACAGUGGUCGUUGAAUAUACUCCUAAAGGCAAACUUAAGAAGACCAGGAAAGUCAUCACGACCAAAAAGGGCGAUAAACAGAAACAGAAGGAGAUCGUGACCAUCGAGGAGGACGGAAAGUCUCCUGUAACGACUAUACAUGAAGCUCCAGAGGAAACAAUAUUAACAGAUGAAACAACUGGUAUUCUUCCAGAAAUAGAAUAUGCAACGCCCACUGAAAGUGAAGAGGUUCGCGAACAAGUCACAGUGGUGAUUGAAGAUACUCCUAAAGGCAAACUUAAGAAGACCAGGAAAGUCAUCACGACCAAAAAGGGCGAUAAACAGAAACAGAAGGAGAUCGUGACCAUCGAGGAGGACGGAAAGGCUCCUGUAACGACUAUACACGAAGCUCCAGAGGAAACAAUAUUGACAGAUGAAACAACUGGUAUCCUGCCAGAUGUAGAAUAUGCUACCGGCACGGAAAGUGAAGAGGUUCGCGAACAAGUCACAGUGGUCGUUGAAGAUACUCCUAAAGGAAAGCGUAAGAAGACCAGGAAAGUCAUAACGACCAAAAAGGGCGACAAACAGAAACAGAAGGAGAUCGUGACCAUCGAGGAGGACGGAAAGGCUCCUGUAACGACUAUACAUGAAGCUCCAGAGGAAACAAUAUUGACAGAUGAAACAACUGGUAUUCUUCCAGAAAUAGAAUAUGCAACGCCCACUGAAAGUGAAGAGGUUCGCGAACAAGUCACAGUGGUGAUUGAAGAUACUCCUAAAGGCAAACUUAAGAAGACCAGGAAAGUCAUCACGACCAAAAAGGGCGAUAAACAGAAACAGAAGGAGAUCGUGACCAUCGAGGAGGACGGAAAGGCUCCUGUAACGACUAUACAUGAAGCUCCAGAGGAAACAAUAUUGACAGAUGAAACAACUGGUAUUCUUCCAGAAAUAGAAUAUGCAACGCCCACUGAAAGUGAAGAGGUUCGCGAACAAGUCACAGUGGUGAUUGAAGAUACUCCUAAAGGCAAACUUAAGAAGACCAGGAAAAAGACCAGGAAAGUCAUAACGACCAAAAAGGGCGAUAAACAGAAACAGAAGGAGAUCGUGACCAUCGAGGAGGGCGGAAAGGCUCCUGUAACGACUAUACAUGAAGCUCCAGAGGAAACAAUAUUGACAGAUGAAACAACUGGUAUCCUGCCAGAUGUAGAAUAUGCUACCGGCACGGAAAGUGAAGAGGUUCGCGAACAAGUCACAGUGGUCGUUGAAUAUACUCCUAAAGGAAAACUUAAGAAGACCAGGAAAGUCAUCACGACCAAAAAGGGCGACAAACAGAAACAGAAGGAGAUCGUGACCGUCGAGGAGGACGGAAAGGCUCCUGUAACGACUAUACACGAAGCUCCAGAGGAAACAAUAUUGACAGAUGAAACAACUGGUAUUCUCCCAGAAAUAGAAUAUGCAACGCCCACUGAAAGUGAAGAGGUUCGCGAACAAGUCACCGUGGUGAUUGAAGAUACUCCUAAAGGAAAACUUAAGAAGACCAGGAAAGUCAUCACGACCAAAAAGGGCGAUAAACAGAAACAGAAGGAGAUCGUGACCAUCGAGGAGGACGGAAAGGCUCCUGUAACGACUAUACACGAAGCUCCAGAGGAAACAAUAUUGACAGAUGAAACAACUGGUAUCCUGCCAGAUGUAGAAUAUGCUACCGGCACGGAAAGUGAAGAGGUUCGCGAACAAGUCACAGUGGUCGUUGAAGAUACUCCUAAAGGAAAGCGUAAGAAGACCAGGAAAGUCAUAACGACCAAAAAGGGCGACAAACAGAAACAGAAGGAGAUCGUGACCAUCGAGGAGGACGGAAAGGCUCCUGUAACGACUAUACAUGAAGCACCAGAGGAAACAAUAUUGACAGAUGAAUCAACUGGUAUUCUUCCAGAAAUAGAAUAUGCAACGCCCACUGAAAGUGAAGAGGUUCGCGAACAAGUCACAGUGGUGAUUGAAGAUACUCCUAAAGGAAAACUUAAGAAGACCAGGAAAGUCAUCACGACCAAAAAGGGCGACAAACAGAAACAGAAGGAGAUCGUGACCGUCGAGGAGGACGGAAAGGCUCCUGUAACGACUAUACACGAAUCUCCAGAGGAAACAAUAUUGACAGAUGAAACAACUGGUAUCCUGCCAGAUGUAGAAUAUGCUACCGGCACGGAAAGUGAAGAGGUUCGCGAACAAGUCACAGUGGUGAUUGAAGAUACUCCUAAAGGAAAACUUAAGAAGACCAGGAAAGUCAUCACGACCAAAAAGGGCGACAAACAGAAACAGAAGGAGAUCGUGACCAUCGAGGAGGACGGAAAGGCUCCUGUAACGACUAUACAUGAAGCUCCAGAGGAAACAAUAUUGACAGAUGAAACAACUGGUAUUCUUCCAGAAAUAGAAUAUGCAACGCCCACUGAACGUGAAGAGGUUCGCGAACAAGUCACAGUGGUGAUUGAAGAUACUCCUAAAGGAAAGCGUAAGAAGACCAGGAAAGUCAUAACGACCAAAAAGGGCGACAAACAGAAACAGAAGGAGAUCGUGACCAUCGAAGAGGACGGAAAGGCUCCUGUAACGACUAUACACGAAGCUCCAGAGGAAACAAUAUUGACAGAUGAAACAACUGGUAUCAUGCCAGAUGUAGAAUAUGCUACCGGCACGGAAAGUGAAGAGCUUCGCGAACAAGUCACAGUGGUCGUUGAAGAUACUCCUAAAGGAAAGCGUAAGAAGACCAGGAAAGUCAUAACGACCAAAAAGGGCGACAAACAGAAACAGAAGGAGAUCGUGACCAUCGAGGAGGACGGAAAGGCUCCUGUAACGACUAUACAUGAAGCUCCAGAGGAAACAAUAUUGACAGAUGAAACAACUGGUAUUCUUCCAGAAAUAGAAUAUGCUACAGGCACGGAAAGUGAAGAGGUUCGUGAACAAGUCACAGUGGUCGUUGAAGAUACUCCUAAAGGAAAGCGUAAGAAGACCAGGAAAGUCAUCACGACCAAAAAGGGCGAUAAACAGAAACAGAAGGAGAUCGUGACCAUCGAGGAGGACGGAAAGGCUCCUGUAACGACUAUACAUGAAGCUCCAGAGGAAACAAUAUUGAUAGAUGAAACAACUGGUAUUCUUCCAGAAAUAAAAUAUGCAACGCCCAUUGAUAUUGAAGAGGUCAGCGAUCUAGUUAGUCGACAAGUUGAAUUUACAGAGGAGACCGUCAUCGGGGAUGAAACAUCUGAUAACAGUAUUUCCGCUAUCAAGAAGAAAAAGAAACAGUCUGUAAAAAAGAAACCUGAUUAUGAGGAGUGGAUGGAGCCGGAGUAUAGCUCUCCUGUGCUAGAACCAAUGCCUGAAAAAAUUCCAUAUGUGGCGACAAAAAAGAAAAUUAAGAAAGUCCAGUCUAUACCUCAGGAAGAAAAACUUAUUCCUUUGAUAAUUGAAAGGAAGGGAUUUACACCAAAAAAAUUUGACGUUAUAAGUCCAGAAAGUACCGUUCAAUUUGCUACAAUUAAACUUAGAAAAACCGUAAUACCGAAGCGGCGAGACUCCAAAUCGACAAAAAUACCUACAGUCAGACUAAAAAGUAGGAUGACGUUAAUAACAGACUGGCCAGUACCGCUUCAAGUACCGAUAAUUACCAUCAUGGAAGAAAAUCCAAUCAAAAAAGGUGUUUUAUCAAGAAAUGUUGAGGAAGCUUUGAAAAAGGUUAAAAAAACACAUCGUCCUUCGAAGAUACCGGAUAGUGAAAUAACAGAUUUAGAGAAGUUAGAUAAGGAAUUCGAGGAACUAAAGAAAACACCAUUGGAGAAAGUUGAAGAUAAAUCAAUAUACCAACGUCAGCCAAAGCCCAAAGAAAAAUCUCCAGAUAAACCAAAGCAUUUGAAACUUGGAAAAGGUAAAAUCCCAGAAAAAGAAAAUACACCAGAAAUUGUAAAAUUGAAAAAGAUUCCUGGUCAGGAAGAACAAGAUAUUGUAGAAGUACCUAAAAAAUCUAAAUCAACAGAAAAGCCCGUGGAUCGGAAAGAAAUUCAAAAAUCGGAGUCUCCAGAUAAAAUAAUAUUUGAACCAUUCCAACAGUUAGAUAAAGAAAAGCCAGAAUUGGAAAAAUACGAACCUGCAGAAACUAAAAAGCCAGACGAGAUUCCAGCAGACAAGGUUCCUGAUAAAUAUAAGAAACCUGAGAAGAAGAAGAAAGAUCAAGUUAUAGAAGAAGCACCAAUUAUUAAGGGUAUCCCAAAACCACUUGAAACUGAAGAGCCUGAAGAUGUCCAGUUUAAAAUUCGCCAAAAAGAAAUGCCAACAGAUAUGCCUGAAGAUAUAACUCUGAAACCUUGGGCGAAAACACCAUCGGAAAAAGAAGCUCAAAACGAAGCACCAUCUAAAUUGAAACUUGACGAUAUAUCGCAUGGAACAGGAUCAUAUGACGAUAGAUUACCGAAAAUAGCGAAAGACAAAGAGGUACCUAUUAAGAAACGUAGAAAGAAGACAGCCGAUGAAAUGAAACUUGACGUUGAUUACGAUAAUGUACAUCCAAUUUCACAACAUGAAGUUAAACGAUCUGGAGAUAUAGAAUCUCCAGAAUCUAUUCCUAAAACGCGGAAUGAAAAGAUAGUCAUUGAUAAUGAAGAUAAUUACGAAAAAUGGGUUGAACCAGAUACUUCAUUAUUGCUUGAGGUGAUGCCUGAGAAAAGUUCUUACGUUUCAGAACGUUGUAAAAGUAAGAAAGAAGAUUUUUCUAUGGUUAAUAAUGAAAUCGUGUCGUCAACUGAUGAUGGUUACCUUAGUACAAUUAAUGAUAUAAAUCACUCACCUUUAUCACACACCAAACCUAUAUACAGAAAUUCCAAACAAGUACAAGAUAUCACUAGUCCCCGAGAAGGUUCGGUAGAAGCUGCUAUGGAUAUUUUAGAUUCCAAGAUAACACAAACACAACCGGUAACUUUUGAAGAUUCACAAAUAUAUCAACAACCCCAAGUCAAUGAAACGAUCGUAUCAUUUGAAGAAUAUUCAGAAGAAUCUUUAAAUGAAACGUUGAAAAUUAUACCAAAUCAGUUACAGGCUGAAAAGAAAUUAAUUCCAUUAGAAUCGAUAGAAACAACCAAGUCAAUUGCAUAUUCAAAUACUGAUACAGCAAAUAUUGAAACUAUACCAAAAUGCGAAGCGACUCAAAUAAUUGAUUUACGAGAAGGUUUAGAGAUUUCAGAAAUCGUUUCUGAUAACCAAUAUACAGAAAUAGACUUUCUAGAACUAAGUCAUAAUAUCAAGCCUACUGACAUAGAAGAGCUUAAGGAGAUUACUAUAAUCAAACCUUCUGUGGCUCACAUGCCAAAUCAAAAUGAAGAACUUUUAUCAGUCGACACCACUAAUAAUUUUAAACCAGAAAUUGUUACUCAAAACAUUGCAAAUUUACUGGUGGAAACGCAAGAAGGUAUUGAAUCAACCGAAUAUGUAUCACAAUUAAUGACAACAGAUAUACCUAAUGAAAUUUCUCAGCAAUAUCAAGCUUUAAAAACUAUUGUCGACGACGAAAAAUCAAUUGUAAACAUUUCUACCAAAGUUAAAAAAGAUAAAAAGAAAAAAGUAGCUUUUAAAAUGGAAGAUCAUGAAGUUCUAUUUCCCGAAAAAAUAAUUCACGAUGAAACAACUACUAUUACACCUCAAAAAGAAGAGUAUCAGCCUAUUACAAUUAAAGAAGAGCACGAGCAUGUAACUAUAAUAGAAGAAGAUACGCCAAAGGGAAAAAAGAAAACGAACACCGAGAUAAUUAUAGCCCAAAAAGGAGAUAAACAAAAGAAAGAAGAAAUCGUCACAGUAGAGGAAGUAGAUAAAGCACCAGACACAACAGUUUACGAAAUUCCAGAGGAGAUCAUCAUCGUGGAUGAAACAACUGAUAAAGAAAUUGCCACUAUCAAGAAGAAAAAGAAAAAGACUGUAAAACAGAAACCUGAUUAUGAAGAAUGGGUGGAGCCAGAGUAUACCCCACCUGUGCUAGAGCCAAUGCCCGAAAAAAUUCCAUACGUGCCAACAAAAAAGAAAACUAAAAAGGUCCAGUCAAUACCUCAGGAGGAAAAACUUAUUCCUUUAAAAAUUGAAAGAAAGGAAAUUAAACCACAGAAAUUAGAGUUUAAACAACCAGAAAAUACCGUUCAAUUUGCUACAAUUAAACUUAAAAAGACUAUAAUACCGAAACGACGAGACUCGAAAUCAACAAAAAUCCCCACAGUUAGGCUAAAAAGUAGAAUGACGUUAAUAACAGACUGGCCAGUACCGCUUCAAGUACCAAUAAUUACCAUCAUGGAAGAAAAUCCAAUCAAAAAAGGUGUUUUAUCAAGAAAUGUUGAGGAAGCUUUGAAAAAGGUUAAAAAAACACAUCGUCCUUCGAAGAUAUCGGAUAGUGAAAUAACAGAUUUAGAGAAGUUAGAUAAGGAAUUCGACGAACUAAAGAAAACACCGUUGGAGAAAGUUGAAGAUAAAUCAAUAUAUCAACGUCAGCCAAAGCCCAAAGAAAAGUCUCUAGAUAAACCAAAACAUUUAGAACUUGGAAAAGGUAAAAUUCCAGAAAAAGAAGAUACACCAGAAAUUGUAAAAUUAAAAAAGAUUCCUGGUCAGGAAGAAAAAGAUAUUGUAGAAAUACCUAAAAAAUCUAAAUCAACAGAAAAGCCCGUGGAUCGGAAAGAAAUUCAAAAAUCCGAGUCCCCAGAUAAAAUAAUAUUUGAACCAUUCCAACAGUUAGAUAAAGAAAAGCCAGAAUUGGAAAAAUACGAACCUGCAGAAACUAAAAAGCCAGACGAGAUUCCAGCAGAUAAGGUUCCUGAUAAAUAUAAGAAACCUGAGAAGAAGAAGAAAGAUCAAGUUAUAGAAGAAGCACCAAUUAUUAAGGGUAUUCCAAAACCACUUGAAACUGAAGAGCCUGAAGAUGUCCAGUUUAAAAUUCGCCAAAAAGAAAAACCAACAGAUAUGCCUGAAGAUAUAACUUUGAAACCUUGGGUGAAAACACCAUCGGAAAAAGAAAGGCAAAAUGAAGCCCAACCGAAACUAAAACUUGAUGAUAUACCGCAUGGAACAGGAUCAUAUGACGAUAGACUGCCGGAAAUAGCGAAUGACCAAGGGGCACCAAUUAAAAAACGUAAGAAGAAGAAGACACCCGAUGAAUUAAAACCUGAUCAAGUCAAAGCCGAUAUUGAAACUGAAGAUGAACAACCUACGUUAUCAGCUCAAGUCGUAGAGCCGAUUAUAGCUAACGAAUCACUGGAUGAAAAAAUCAUACUAGAUAAAGACUCUCCAGAAACGAUUCCUAAAAAAAGAAAACAAAAGAAAAUCGUUAAGAAAAAACCAGAUUAUGAAGAAUGGGUUGAGCCAGAGUAUACUGCACCUGUAUUAGAGCCGAUGCCCGAAAAAGUUCCAUAUGUACCUACAAAAAAGAAGGAUAAAAAAGUAAAGCCGGAGGCAGAAAGCAGCACACUUGUACCAAUGAAAAUCGAAAAAAAGGAGAUUAGGCCAACGAAAUUAACAUUUAAAGAGCCAGAAGAUACCAUUCAAUUUGCAACAGUCAAACUUAAAAAGACUGUAGUACCGAAACGAAGAGACUCCAAAUCAACAAAAAUCCCCACAGUCAGACUAAAAAGUAGGAUGACGUUAAUAACAGACUGGCCAGUACCGCUUCAAGUACCAAUAAUCACCAUCAUGGAAGAAAAUCCAGUACAAAAAGGAGUUUUAUCCAGAAAUGUUGAGGAAGCUUUGAAAAAGGUUAAAAAGAUACGUCGUCCUUCAAAGAUACCGGAUAGUGAAAUAACAGAUUUAGAGAAGUUAGAUAAGGACUUCGAAGAACUAAAGAAAACACCGUUGGAGAAAGUUGAAGAUAAAUCAAUAUACCAACGUCAGCCAAAGCCCAAAGAAAAGUCUCCAGAUAAACCAAAACAUUUAGAACUUGGAAAAGGUGAAAUUCCAGAAAAAGAAGAUACACCAGAAAUUGUAAAAUUAAAAAAGAUUCCUGGUCAGGAAGAAAAAGAUAUUGUAGAAAUACCUAAAAAAUCUAAAUCAACAGCAAAGCCCGUGGAUCGGAAAGAAAUUCAAAAAUCGGAGUCUCCAGAUAAAAUAAUAUUUGAACCAUUCCAACAGUUAGAUAAAGAAAAGCCAGAAUUGGAAAAAUACGAACCUGCAGAAACUAAAAAGCCAGACGAGAUUCCAGCAGACAAGGUUCCUGAUAAAUAUAAGAAACCUGAGAAGAAGAAGAAAGAUCAAGUUAUAGAAGAAGCACCAAUUAUUAAGGGUAUCCCAAAACCACUUGAAACUGAAGAGCCUGAAGAUGUCCAGUUUAAAAUUCGCCAAAAAGAAAAACCAACAGAUAUGCCUGAAGAUAUAACUUUGAAACCUUGGGCGAAAACACCAUCGGAAAAAGAAGCUCAAAAAGAAGCACCAUCUAAAUUGAAACUUGACGAUAGAUCACCAGAAAUAGCAAAUGACCAAGAGGCGCUGAUUAAGAAACGUAAGAAGAAGACACCCGAUGAAUUAAAACCUGAUCAAGUCAAAGCCGAUAUUGAAACUGAAGAUGAACAACCUACGUUAUCAGCUCAAGUCGUAGAGCCGAUUAUAGCUAACGAAUCACUGGAUGAAAAAAUCAUACUAGAUAAAGACUCUCCAGAGACGAUUCCUAAAAAAAGAAAACAAAAGAAAAUCGUUAAGAAAAAACCAGAUUAUGAAGAAUGGGUUGAGCCAGAGUAUACUGCACCUGUAUUAGAGCCGAUGCCCGAAAAAGUUCCAUAUGUACCUACAAAAAAGAAGGAUAAAAAAGUAAAGCCGGAGGCAGAAAGCAGCACACUUGUACCAAUGAAAAUCGAAAAAAAGGAGAUUAGGCCAACGAAAUUAACAUUUAAAGAGCCAGAAGAUACAAUUCAAUUUGCAACAGUCAAACUUAAAAAGACUGUAGUACCGAAACGAAGAGACUCCAAAUCAACAAAAAUCCCCACAGUCAGACUAAAAAGUAGGAUGACGUUAAUAACAGACUGGCCAGUACCGCUUCAAGUACCAAUAAUCACCAUCAUGGAAGAAAAUCCAGUACAAAAAGGAGUUUUAUCCAGAAAUGUUGAGGAAGCUUUGAAAAAGGUUAAAAAGAUACGUCGUCCUUCAAAGAUACCGGAUAGUGAAAUAACAGAUUUAGAGAAGUUAGAUAAGGACUUCGAAGAACUAAAGAAAACACCGUUGGAGAAAGUUGAAGAUAAAUCAAUAUACCAACGUCAGCCAAAGCCCAAAGAAAAGUCUCCAGAUAAACCAAAACAUUUAGAACUUGGAAAAGGUGAAAUUCCAGAAAAAGAAGAUACACCAGAAAUUGUAAAAUUAAAAAAGAUUCCUGGUCAGGAAGAAAAAGAUAUUGUAGAAAUACCUAAAAAAUCUAAAUCAACAGAAAAGCCCGUGGAUCGGAAAGAAAUUCAAAAAUCCGAGUCCCCAGAUAAAAUAAUAUUUGAACCAUUCCAACAGUUAGAUAAAGAAAAGCCAGAAUUGGAAAAAUACGAACCUGCAGAAACUAAAAAGCCAGACGAGAUUCCAGCAGAUAAGGUUCCUGAUAAAUAUAAGAAACCUGAGAAGAAGAAGAAAGAUCAAGUUAUAGAAGAAGCACCAAUUAUUAAGGGUAUCCCAAAACCACUUGAAACUGAAGAGCCUGAAGAUGUCCAGUUUAAAAUUCGCCAAAAAGAAAAGCCAACAGAUAUGCCUGAAGAUAUUACUCUAAAAUCUUGGGCGAAAACGCCAUCGGAUGAAAAAAAUUUAGACAAACAAAAGGCAGAGAUACUUAUCAAGAAACAAUCAAAAAAGAAGCCUAGCGUUGGAGAAAUCGAAGAAGAAGAAACGACCGAGAAGGUCACAAUUAAGAAAAAGCCAAAAAAGACUCCUGCUUUAGAAGAGGCCGGUGACGAAAUAACUGUGAAGAAACCAACAAAGCCGGAGGAAACGACCGAGAAGGUCACAAUUAAGAAAAAGCCAAAAAAGACUCCUGCUUUAGAAGAGGCCGGUGACGAAAUAACUGUGAAGAAACCAACAGUGCUCGAAGAGGAAAAAGUGACGGAGGAGAUAACCGAAGAGGUACUUAUCAAGAAAAAACCGAAAAAGAUGCCUAGCCCGGAGGAAACGACCGAGAAGGUCACAAUUAAGAAAAAGCCAAAAAAGACUCCUGCUUUAGAAGAGGCCGGUGACGAAAUAACUGUGAAGAAACCAACAGUGCUCGAAGAGGAAAAAGUGACGGAGGAGAUAACCGAAGAGGUACUUAUCAAGAAAAAACCGAAAAAGAUGCCUAGCGUUGGAGAAAUCGAAGAAGAAGUCACUAUUCCAAAACCAGUCGAAGAGUCUGUUGAAAUAAAGAAGCCGGAGGAAACGACCGAGAAGGUCACAAUUAAGAAAAAGCCAAAAAAGACUCCUGCUUUAGAAGAGGCCGGUGACGAAAUAACUGUGAAGAAACCAACAGUGCUCGAAGAGGAAAAAGUGACGGAGGAGAUAACCGAAGAGGUACUUAUCAAGAAAAAACCGAAAAAGAUGCCUAGCGUUGGAGAAAUCGAAGAAGAAGUCACUAUUCCAAAACCAGUCGAAGAGUCUGUUGAAAUAAAGAAGCCGGAGGAAACGACCGAGAAGGUCACAAUUAAGAAAAAGCCAAAAAAGACUCCUGCUUUAGAAGAGGCCGGUGACGAAAUAACUGUGAAGAAACCAACAGUGCUCGAAGAGGAAAAAGUGACGGAGGAGAUAACCGAAGAGGUACUUAUCAAGAAAAAACCGAAAAAGAAGCCUAGCGUUGGAGAAAUCGAAGAAGAAGUCACUAUUCCAAAACCAGUCGAAGAGUCUGUUGAAAUAAAGAAGCCGGAAGAAACGACCGAGAAGAUCACAAUUAAGAAAAAGCCAAAAAAGACUCCUGCUUUAGAAGAGGCCGGUGACGAAAUAACUGUGAAGAAACCAACAGUGCUCGAAGAGGAAAAAGUGACGGAGGAGAUAACCGAAGAGGUACUUAUCAAGAAAAAACCGAAAAAGAAGCCUAGCGUUGGAGAAAUCGAAGAAGAAGUCACUAUUCCAAAACCAGUCGAAGAGUCUGUUGAAAUAAAGAAGCCGGAGGAAACGACCGAGAAGAUCACAAUUAAGAAAAAGCCAAAAAAGACUCCUGCUUUAGAAGAGGCCGGUGACGAAAUAACUGUGAAGAAACCAACAGUGCUCGAAGAGGAAAAAGUGACGGAGGAGAUAACCGAAGAGGUACUUAUCAAGAAAAAACCGAAAAAGAAGCCUAGCGUUGGAGAAAUCGAAGAAGAAGUCACUAUUCCAAAACCAGUCGAAGAGUCUGUUGAAAUAAAGAAGCCGGAGGAAACGACCGAGAAGGUCACAAUUAAGAAAAAGCCAAAAAAGACUCCUGCUUUAGAAGAGGCCGGUGACGAAAUAACUGUGAGGAAACCGACAGUGCUCGAAGAGGAAAAUGUGACGGAGGAGAUAACCGAAGAGGUACUUAUUAAGAAAAAACCGAAAAAGAAGCCUAGCGUUGGAGAAAUCGAAGAAGAAGUCACUAUUCCAAAACCAGUCGAAGAGUCUGUUGAAAUAAAGAAGCCGGAGGAAACGACCGAGAAGGUCACAAUUAAGAAAAAGCCAAAAAAGACUCCUGUUUUAGAAGAGGCCGGUGACGAAAUAACUGUGAAGAAACCAACAGUGCUCGAAGAGGAAAAUGUGACGGAGGAGAUAACCGAAGAGGUACUUAUCAAGAAAAAACCGAAAAAGAAGCCUAGCGUUGGAGAAAUCGAAGAAGAAGUCACUAUUCCAAAACCAGUCGAAGAGUCUGUUGAAAUAAAGAAGCCGGAGGAAACGACCGAGAAGGUCACAAUUAAGAAAAAGCCAAAAAAGACUCCUGCUUUAGAAGAGGCCGGUGACGAAAUAACUGUGAGGAAACCGACAGUGCUCGAAGAGGAAAAUGUGACGGAGGAGAUAACCGAAGAGGUACUUAUUAAGAAAAAACCGAAAAAGAAGCCUAGCCCUAGCGUUGGAGAAAUUGAAGAAGAAGUUACUAUUCCAAAACCUGCUGACGAUUUAUUGGAUAUGAAGGAACCUGAAGAAUUGACUAAGGAUGUUGUUCUUAAGAAAGAACCUAAAAAGUCGCCCGUUUCAGAAGAAGCUGGUGAAUUGACCUUAAAAAAACUGAUGCCAAUAGAAGAUGAUGUUCAUAGAGAGGUGGGAGAUGUUGAGGAAUUUACAUUCAAAAGAAAACCACCAAAAAUGAUACCAAAACCGAUUGAAGAAAUCUAUGAAGAUAUAACCAUUAAAAAGUUACGUUCUCGUAAGAAAGCUCGUCCUGAGAUUAAAGAAGUCACUGAAACUGAAACUGUAAUAUUCAAACCACGUACGGUUAAAUCUAAAGAAGAAGUUGAUCAAGAAUUUAAAAUAUCCUUGAAUACUUAUGAGGAAGAAGAUAUUUCAAUGUCUGGUAAAGUAAAAAUCAAGUCGAAAAGGAAAAAGCCAACUUAUUCUGAAGAAGCUGGUGAAGAAACUAUAAGAAUAAUUCAGCAACAAGACGAUUCAGGUUCUAUAAUAGAAGAAAUCAUUUACGACGAUUCUGAUCACGAGGACUAUAGUAUUGAUGAGUUAGAAAUUGAAGAAAUGAAUGUACCGUUUAGACGUAAAUCUGAACAAAAGCCGCUCAAAUAUUCUAUUGAAGACAUAGAAGAUGACAAUAUACAACUGACUUUGUCAACGAAGCAAAAGUUUGACGUUGAAGAAACUGACGAAUCAUUAGCUCUUAAACUCAAGCCCAAACGAAGAGUUUCCACUUACGAAGAAGAGGAAGCUACGCUCAGUAUCCAAAAAGGAGAACAAAUUGAAGAAGAAGAUGUAGAAUAUGUUGUUCAAGAUGGUGAUGUUAUGAUUUCCAUUUGUUCGUACGUAGCUGAAACUGAUGAAGCAAUUAAUCUUGUUGAGGGGGAGAAAGUUUACAUCAUAGAGCAUACCAAUUUGGAUUGGUGGUUUGUGAGAAAAAGUCUUACUCAAGAAAAAGGAUGGGUACCAGCACAAUACCUUCUUGAUGAUGCUCAGUAUACUAUAUAUUUACAACGUAAACUUCAUGAAAAAAUUGAUAAAUUACCAGUAUUUGAAAAACCUGGUCCAGGAGAAAAAACUUCUGCUCCUCGUUUCAUUGAAAAAUUACAGCCUAUACAUACACCAGAUGGUUAUACAGUGCAAUUUGAAUGUCAAGUUGAAGGCGUACCACGGCCACAAAUUACUUGGUUCCGUCAAACCGCUAUAAUAAAACCAUCUCCAGAUUUUCAAAUGUUCUAUGAUGACGAUAACGUUGCGACUCUUAUUAUAAAAGAAGUAUUUCCAGAAGAUGCAGGAACAUUUACGUGUGUAGCAAAAAACACAGCUGGGUUCGCAUCAAGUACGACAGAAUUAACGGUAGAAUUGCCAUUAUCUGAUCAUGGAUCAGAUAUUCUUUCACGAAAGAGUUUAUCUAGAGAAUCGUCUUUAGCAGACAUUCUAGAAGGUAUUCCUCCAACAUUCUCACGACAGCCGAAAGCAAAGUGUGUAAAAGAAGGGGACGAUGUGAUUCUUGAAUGCCGAUUAGUAGCAAUACCUGAACCAGAUAUUACUUGGUAUUACAAUGAGAAGAAAAUAACUACUAAGGAAAAUAUAACUGUUGCAACGGAAAGCGACAUGCACAUGUAUUGCAGUAUCAUACGGAUUACUAAAGUGCAAAAAGAACAAGAAGGAAAAUACACAAUUGUUGCUAAAAAUAGAGAAGGAGAGGCAAUUAUGGAAAUACCGCUGAAGGUACAAACUGGUAAUAAAGAACCACCCGAAAUAUUAGAACCAUUGAGACCUUUCGCUAUAAGAGAAGGGGAAACAGUUGUGCUUUCGACACAAGUAGUUGGAAACCCACAGCCAUCCAUUACUUGGUUCAAAAACGGAAAACCACUUCGUGACUUAACACCGAAGAAGGAUGGAAACUUGAAUACUUUAACUAUAAUACAGCCCCAUAUUUCCGAUUCAGGAGAGUAUUCAGUAAUAGCAACGAAUAACAUUGGUACAGCAGAAACUAAAGCAACCCUCACAGUCGAAGAAAUGCCAAGUGGUGCUCCAGAACCUCCUCUAUUUACUGAAAGAUUCCAAGGCUUAACUGUACCAGAAAAGGGUACGUUUGUGCUUGUAGCAAAAGUUACUGGAAAUCCUGUACCUGAAGUAACAUGGCUCAGAAAUAACAAGCCUUUGGACAAGUCACCAAAUGUAGCUGAAAGUUAUGACGGUGAAAACAUUGUUCUUGAAAUAAGAAAUGCUGAUUCUGAAGUCGACGCUGGAGAUUACAAAUGUGUGGCGGUGAAUCCAAUUGGUAAAACAUCCCACGGUGCUAAAGUCAUUGUAGAUGUGGACAAAGUUACUUUUGUAAAGAAACUAGAACGAAGGAAAACACUUGAUGAAUUCACUACUUUAGAACUAACUUGUGAAACUUCACAUACUGUUUCUACCACAUGGUGGCACAAUGAUAAAGAAAUUAGUGGUAUGGAUCAUCGAGAAAUCAUACAGGAAGGAAGAAUGCACAAGCUUGUAAUCAAAAGAAUUAAUCAUACUGACGAAGGUACUUAUAAAUGUACAGUUAAAAAUCAAAAGACAUCCUGUGAUGUGACGGUUGAAGCGACGAAACCAGAGUUUGUGAGAAAAUUAGAAGACUUUGAAGUAACGGAAAGAGAUGAAGCAAUAUUGGAAGUCGAAAUAACAUCACCGACAGCAGAAGUAACGUGGCUUAAAGACGGAAUUCCACUGUCUACAACUAUAGAAAAGAUUAAAUUUGUUAAAGAAGGAACCAUCAGGAAGCUGCUAAUCAGAUCAACUUCUAUUCAAGAUGAAGGAGAAUAUAUAUGCAAACUUUUAGAUGAAGAAUGUACAGCCGAAGUAACCGUCAUAGAAUUACCACCUGAAAUAAUAAUAAAACUGCAAGAUACCACGGUAGCCAAGGGUGAAAAUGCAACGUUUCAAGUUGAACUUACAAAGGGUGAUGCUCUCGUACGUUGGUACAAGAAUGAUCAAGAGCUACAGUUUUCAGAUCACAUACAACUGUCUAUAGACGGAAAACGACAGCAAUUGAAAAUAUUUAAUGCAGAGCCUAAAGACGCGGGCACUUAUUCGUGUAAGGUUGGCAACCAAACAUCUAAAGCUAAAUUAACAGUCGAAGAACCGGGCGUUGAGUUCAUUAAACGUUUGCCAGAAGUAACAUUAGUUCCAUUAAACGAAAACGCCACGUUUGAAGUACAGCUUUCUAAAUCAAACAUUCCCGUUAAAUGGUUGAGGAAAGGACAGGAAAUCCACGAAUCAUCAAAGUAUGUAAUCAUAGAUGAUGGACCAGUAAAACGACUCAUAGUUAAAAAUUGCACAGUCGAAGAUGCACUAGAAUACAGUGUACUUGCUUCCAAUGUUAAAUCUUCUUCCAAGCUUAAAGUUGAAGUCAUGGAAGCACCACCUACCAUCAGCGUUGAUUCGCCUAAGAUAUACAAAGCCAAAGUUGGUGAUGAUAUUGAAAUGUGUGUAAACUUCACAGCUGCACCAAAACCAACUGACGAAUGGACUGUAAAUCAACGUGUAAUUAAAAAAUCCAAACGUGUCAUACCUACGGUGGAUGAAGAAUCAGCAACACUGACCAUCAAAAAAGCACAAAAAGAAGACGUUGGCGACUAUAAAUUGAAAUUAACAAAUGUUAACGGCGAUGCUACUAUAAACAUCAAACUCAUAAUCAUGCAUGUGCCAAGUACUCCUGGAGCUCCUAACCCCACAAACAUAACCGAUGACAGUGUUACGUUAACAUGGGAUGAACCAAAUUUCGAUGGUAAUUCACCAAUCACUGAGUACAUCUUAGAAUAUCAAGAAAAACAAACAGAAACAUGGACCAAGGUGUCGGAAGAAAUAACAGAAACAACGCACAUUGUCACGAAAUUGACUACCAACACCGAAUAUACAUUCCGCACAAAAGCUGUUAACUCAGUUGGGCCUAGCGAACCAUCACCUGAGUCGCAGAGCAUUUUAAUCAAAAAAUCACCCAUAGUACCUGAGACUGAACCAGGAGCACCGAGGGGACCGCUAGAAGUAUCUGGUAUGACCAAGACGUCCUUUACAAUUCAGUGGCAACCACCAGAAAGCGACGGAGGAUCACCAAUUAUCGAAUAUAUUGUUGAAAUGAAAGAAACAUCAAAGAAAACAUGGAAAAAGAUUGGAUCAACAAAACAAGAUAUAACACAUUUAACAGUAUCGGAAUUGAUAACCGAUUGCUCAUACGACUUUCGAAUAAUAGCUAGAAACAAAAUUGGUGCUGGACCACCAUACGUAUCUGAAGAAUCCAUAGUAGCUGGUAAAAGGCCAAAAAUAACAAAACUUUUUGAAAAAAGUAUACACGCUUUGCUUGGAUCUUUUCCCGAAACAAAAAUUAUUAUAUGCAAAACACCGCCAUCGCCACCCAUAAAUGUUCAUGUUACCAAUAUCACAAGUCGAAGUAUUACUUUAAAUUGGUCGCCACCAACAAGUGACGGAGGAUCUGAAAUAACUGGCUACGUAGUUGAGAAGAGGACAUUGACUGGAAAAGGAUCGCGAUGGUCGAAAGUAGUAACUCUGGAUGGUUCUACGUUGUCUUACGUCAUCGAAAAUCUGAAAGAGAGCGAGUUCUUAUUCAGAGUGUUUGCUGAAAAUAGUUUAGGAUUGAGCUUGCCAACAAUGUCUGAACGUGUUUUACUCAAAUCACAUGCCAACGUUCCAUCACCACCAACAGCACCAUUGGAAAUUAGGCAGAUUGCUGGGAACACGAUAUCAAUUGGAUGGGGAAUACCAGAAUUCGAUGGUGGCGCGCCACUAGAAGCUUAUAAAAUCGCCAUCAGAGAUGUAAGAAAGACCAUGUGGAUGGAAGUUGGCAAAGUUAAGGCUGAAAUACAAAAAUUAACCAUCAAAGAUCUGCAAGAAAAUCACGAAUAUUACUUCAGAAUUUAUGCCAAAAACGAAGUUGGUUUCAGUGAGCCACUGGAAUCUGAAGAUUCCUUCAAAAUUGUACCAGCUUCAGAGUUAGCAGUAAUUGAGCCAGUCGCCGAGGCUCCAGAUCGUGCAGAUGCCGAAACAUCCUUGAGUUACAGCACGGAGAACACAAGCUCCUGGCUUCGCGAUCAUAAUAUGGACGCGGACAUCCACUCAUACGCCAGGGCACGACUAUUGCGAAAGGAUGAGUACUUUUUCCGCAUUUGGCAUUACGCCAAGAAACUAUUUGAAUAAAGUCAAAGCAUUUCCACGAGUAGCGCGAGCUCGUCCCGCGUUUGCUCAUAUCACUUCUGUUAAUUGUAUAUGUGCACAGAUAUUUAUUUAUUUUUUGUUUUAUUUUGUACUACAACGAGCACGCGCAUCUAGAAAUCACGAGAUGCGCGUGAACGUUAAUUCUGUAGCAAGACUUGAAGAUAAAACUUUUAAACUUACUAUUUUGUAAAAAGAAAAGAAAGAAGAAUGGGGACAGCAAAGACCAUGUUAUAUCUAUGUCCUAUCUAUAAGUAAAAGUAUUUUAGGGGUACCGGAGGCGUAAAUAUUAUUGUGAAGCUGUGCAGUACCAGGCGAGUGAACAGUCUAGUCAGAGUAAAAAGCCUUUUUUCACACUGCGUCCUUUCGAGGACGAGAUGAAAAACAAAAAAAAACACAAGAAUAGUAUACACAAUCCACACUUCGUUGACGUCUAACUGUUCCAGUUAUUGAGAUUUUUAUUUAGAAAUGCUAAGAGACUUAAGUUUUAGCAAUACAACUUUGGACUUCAGUCCUUUUACGAUUUCCAAAACCUUUCAGCUAAAUCUUACAAAACCCCUCCCUCCCCAAAGUAAAAGUGCGUAAGCUCUUGCAAAUAAAUAAUAUUUUUCAACACUGAUGUGCGACGAGUAAAAUGUGAUAAUUAUUAACGUUCGCUCGUUGGAGUAAAGUUUGUUACUUGUAUAGGUUGUAAGAAUUUUAUUGAGAAGACGUUAUAAUGAGCCUUGCAACGUAUUUUAUUGUAUGUAUAUUGAAACUACCGUAUUUCUUAUAUAUUUAUUAAUUGUUACUGUUAAACUAAUUCAUUGCUCCAUUACCAUUACGUUUAAAAGAUUAUAUAAACUAUCUCCAAUGUAAUUUUUAGUCGAUACAAAUGUGUAAAUCAAAGCGAGCGAAAGAAAAAAAACACGAGACGCUCAAUCGAUAGAGCUGCAUCAUCAACUUUGAUAAUGUAUUUAAUAUGUAAUAUGAAUAAUUUAUUUUUCCGUAACUAAAAGAGAAAUGCCACUCAAUGUUGGUAGCCCGAGACGUAAAAUAUAGGUGCAAUCAACAUCGUACAAUAACCAAUGUUGCGUCGCAUACUUUUUAAAUAUAAUGUAUCCUUAACCUGUAAAAAGCGAUUAAAUUAUU